AAUCGAGCGAUAGCUGAUUACCUUCGUUCCAAUGGAUAUGAAGAGGCAUAUUCAACUUUCAAGAAGGAGGCAGAAUUAGACGUGGUGAGUAAUGAUGGAACAUUACACACACACACACACGCUAUCAAUCAAGCCUAGUUACCCAAACAAUACAGCUUUCAUUUCCACUUUAUUCCCCCUUUUAAUUGACGCAGACACAAGUUUUACUGAAGCCAUAUGAGCCCAAUUUUUAAGGUGAUCAUGAUUAGGGUGUCUGUCACACACACACACACACACACACACACACACACACACACACACACACACACAAGGGAGAAGCUGCAGUCAGGGAGUGGAACAGAAGCUGAAGAUGGAGAUAACGUCUCUCCCGGUCUUCCUAGCUGUGCUCGAUCAGAGCUAAUGUAGCUAGCAGCUAAAGGCCCGAACGAAAGAGCCCUUUGAAUUUACUCAACGAACAAUCUCUCCUCAAACUAGACAAAACAAAGACCAAAGACAACGUGUGGCAGUUUAACAUGUCAAUGCUCCCUCUGCCUCUCUCUCUCCCUCUCUCCGUCUUUGUCAUUACCUCCCUAUUUGUAUAGCACAGAUAGAGGUGUUCAGUCCUUCCUCCUCCCUAGUUAGUGGAAACAGCCUGAAUAAUAGAUUACUAUGGACGGAGAAGCUCCCUGAUGUGUCUGACACCGCGCGCGCACACACCUUGCCAGGAUUGUGUUAAGUCUGCCCUAAUGAUGCUGGCAAUUCCAUUAACAGCCUUCCAUUGCCUUAAUCUAGUCUAUUCAUUACCUGUUAAAUGAGGAGGCUAUGCCAAUGGAGAAUGGAGGCAUUACCCCUAAUGCUACAUCUACAGCCUUCGUCUUGGGUUUCUUUUAAGACCUGCUAAAAUAAUGUAAUGCAGUGUGUAGGUGAGCAGAGUGGCGUUGAAGGUAGGAUAUUAAACAGCAUGCCGCACCUCUCGUCUGGCACUGCCCACACACACGCACGCACGCACACACACAUCCUGCUGAUAGACUGACAGACCACAGUGAUUAGAAGGAGUGUGUGUGUGGAGCACUGACUGACUUUGUGUUAAGCCAUCGGCAAAGGGUCUGGGCAGAUGGCAGGUCACAUUUCUCUCCCUCUCUCUUCACAGACACAAUGCCACGACUCCUUUCAUCCCUCCAUCCCGUCACCUCUCCUCCUCCCCUCUUCUUAUCGCUCCAAGCGUUGAGCGAGGCAGCAACUGUUAUCUUGUACACCUCUGCGAUUUCUGCCAAGGAGCAGCAGCUCAGCUUCAGAACACACAGCUGCCCUCUCAGUGCCUGCAGCACGACUCCACACAGCCACAUUUCCUCUUUUGUUUCUCCUAAGAGGGAAGAAAAUGGGUGAAAUCUACCACAAAGCAUAUUUUCUCCCCCACUGAAACAGUGGCUAGGCUGUUAAUCUCUCCCAUUAGUAACACCACAUGAAGAGACAAUGUAAAUAUGUACCAACUCUACUCAGCAAACACACCAUCCCUUUCCCCUUUAUUUAACCAGGUAAGCCAGUUAAGAACAAGUUCUCAUUUACAACUGCGACCUGGCCAAGAUAAAGCAAAGCAGUGCGAUAAAAACAACAACACAGAGUUACAUAUGGGGUAAACAAAACAUUAAGUCAAAAAUACAACAAAAUAUAUAUACAGUGUGCGAAUGUAGUAAAUUAUGGAGGUAAGGCAAUAAAUAGGCCAUAGUGCAAAAUAGUUACAAUUUCGUAAUAACACUGGAAUGAUAGAUGUGCAAAAGAUGAUGUGCAAAUAGAGAUACUGGGGUGCAAAUUAGCAAAAUAAAUAACAAUAUGGGGAUGAGGUAGUUGGGUGGGCUAAUUUCAGAUGGGCUGUGUACAGGUGCAGUGAUCGGUAAGCUGCUCUGACAACUGACGCCUAAAGUUAGUGAGGGAGAUAAGCGUCUCCAGCUUCAGAGAUUUUUGCAGUUCGUUCCAGUCAUUGGCAGCAGAGAACUGGAAGGAAUGGCGGCCAAAGGAGGUGUUGGUUUUGGAUGACCAGUGAGAUAUACCUGCUAGAGCGCAGACUAUGGGUGGGUGUUGCUAUGGUGACCAGUGAGCUAAGAUAAGACAGGGAUUUGCCUAGCAGUGAUUUAUAGAUGACCUGGAGCCAGUGGGUUUGGCGACUAAUAUGUAGUGAGGGCCAGCCAACAAGAGCGUACAGGUCACAAUGGUGGGUAGCUGGGGGGGGGCUCCAUAUGCCUCACGUCUCCACACAGACACCAACCACUUAUUUAAUUUUUCUACCUCCCUGAAUAAAACAUGUAGGCUCGUUUUUAGGCGACGUGCUAGUCUUGAUCUUGGCUAGUACCCGUAACAGGUUUCACUUACGUUUGCCUUACUCCUUACCCUAGCCAGCCUGUAAACACGCACCAGAAGUCCCUCCCUCGCCCUUUAGUAAAAUGGCCUCCAUACCCCUGUUGCUAGCCUUUCCUCCAGGUGGAAGCCGCUCUCUGCCAGGCUCCCUGAAGUUAAUGUCCCUCCCCAGCGUACUGUUUGUGAGGGCGUAAGCCCUUGUCUGCAGGAGAUUAGCCUGUGUGAGGGGGAUUAAGAAGUGUGUGUGUGGGUCUCUGUAAGUAUGUCUCCGUGUGUGUGUGUUUACAAUUAGCCUCAAGGCUGACCCUGUUUGUAUGUAGGGGUGUAAAUCCCAUUCCUUAUUACUGUGCUCUCAACUGUAUCCGAAGACUGCCUGCAACCUCUGCUGCCCCCCAGGCAGACCCAUAGGCCCCACUGAUUAGGCCUAAACUAAGCUCCGUGCUGGAUUGUGUGUGUGUGUGUGUGUGUGUUUCUGUGUGCGUGUGGUGCUCUUUUCCUAACUCCAUUUUUAAUUUUAGAAUGAAGAAUUGGAUAAGAAGUAUGCCGGCCUUUUGGAAAAGAAAUGGACCUCAGUCAUCAGAUUACAAAAGAAGGUUUGUGGUUUGAUUUAGGGGAUGCUGUUGUAGCUGGGCAUUCUGUCUGUUAGUCUUGGCCCAUGUCUGUGGCGGAACAUCAGCAGAUACUCUCUAUACACACCGUAUUAAAAAAGUUACAUUACAAUGAAUUGAAUGUGUUAACCCAAUGCCCUUAAGAUAUGAGAUCGUUUGAUAUGGGUGGCUUUGAUGUGCUUACUUAGCAGUACACUGAAGCAGCCAGCAGUGAUUUCCAUGUAUCCAUCAACAUUAGCAAGCUUAUAUUAGCCAAUUUGCUUGCUUAGUACAGAUUAUACACUUACUGUAUUCCAAAAUGGAGGUUUUCCAAGCUUCUCCAAGUGCCUAACGUUGUAAGGGCUAAACUCACCUCCUACACCACCAAUAUGUAUUUCCCACCUGAUGAUGCAUGGCAGCCAUUUUGUGCCAGAAACGCCCAGUUUCCUUCUAUGUAAUACCGCAUAUCCUACUGUGAUGAUAACUAUGUCUACAUGUCCCCCCCCCCGUCCGUCCCCCCAGGUGAUGGAGCUGGAGUCAAAGCUGAACGAGGCCAAGGAGGAGAUCACCCUGGGUGGGCCCAUAGCCCAGAAGCGUGACCCCAAAGAGUGGAUCCCUCGCCCGCCGGAGAAGUACGCGCUGAGCGGCCACCGCUCCCCCGUCACGCGUGUCAUCUUCCACCCAGUCUUUAGCGUCAUGGUGUCAGCCUCAGAGGACGCCACAAUAAAGGUCAGUAGAAUAUAAUAACCAUCAUAAACAACAACAGUCUUUACUCUAUGUCUACGUUAUUCUCCAGGCUGGUUGCAAAGGUCCCUGAAGACUGCCUAAACAGUGCUAAGGGAAACAAUGAAACAAUGUAUAAACAAGAUGCAAGCAACCCAUUCCAAACAACUUCCCCAACACUUUGGUGGCAAGUUACUUUAUCCACUUGACUUGUAUGGGAGUUGACUGUAUAUGUAUAACUGCAACCAAUAAGGCCUGGGUUUGAGUCCCAGUUCAGGAAAGGUCAACUGCAGAGCUGUGUACCAGUCAUUGAACUGCAUCUUUAACCAAUUCAAGUCCUUGUACAAUAUCAAAACGUGCCACUGAACCAAUUCUGUAAAUGCAUGAAAUUUGGUGUCAACAUAUGCUGAGCAAAAAUAUAAAUGGAACCGUAAAGUGCUGAUCCCAUGUUUCAUAAGCUGAAAUAAAAGAUCCCAAAAAUGUUCCAUGCGCACAAAAAGUUUAUUUCUCUCAUUCUGGGUACAAAUUAGUUUACAUCCCUGUUAGUGAGCAUUUCUCCUUUGCCAAGGUAAUCCAUCCACCUGAUAGGUGUGGCAUAUCAAGAAGCUGAUUAAACAGCAUGAUCAUUACACAGAUGCACCUUGUGCUGGGGACAAUAAAAGGCCACUCUAAAAUGUGCAGUUUUGUCUCACAACACAAUGCCACAGAUGUCUCAAGUUUUGAGGGAGCGUGCAAUUGGUAUGCUGACUGCAAGAAUGUCCACCAAAGCUGUUGCCAGAUAAUUGAAUGUUAAUUUCUCUACCAUAAGCCUCCUCCAACAUCAUUUUAGAGAAUUUGGCAUUACAUCCAACCGGCCUCACAACCGCAGACCACGCGUAACCACUCCAGCCCAGUACCUCCACAUCCAUCUUCUUUACCUGUGGGAUCGUCUUAGACCAGCCACCUGGACAGCUGAUGAAACUGUGGGUUUGCACAACCGAAGAAUUCCUGCACAAAUAGUCAGAAACUGUCUCAUUGAAGCUCAUCUGCAUGCUCGUCGUAUCUGCAUGCUCGUCGUCCUCACCAGGGUCUUGACCUUGACUGCAGUUCGGCAUUGUAAUCGAUGGCCACUGGCACGCUGGAGAAGUGUGCUCUUCACGGAUUAAUCCCAGUAUCAACUGUACCGGGCAGAUGGUAGCGUGUAUGGUGUUGUGUGGGCGAGCGGUUUGCUGAUGUCAACAUUGUGAAUAGAGUGCCCCAUGGUGUGGUUAUGGUAUGGGCAGGCAUAAGCUAUGGACAACGAACACAAUUGCAUUUUAUUGAUGGCAAUUUGAAUGCACAGCUUCCAUGACGAAAUCCUAAGGCCCAUUGUCGUGCCAUUCAUCCGCCGCCAUCCCCUCAUGUUUCAGCAUAAUAAUGUUUCAGCAUAAUAAUGCACGGCCCCAUGUCGCAAGGAUCUGUACACAAUUCCUGGAAGCUGAAAAUGUCCCAGUUAUUCCAUGGCCUGCAUACUCACCAGACACGUCACCCUUUGAGCAUGUUUGGGAUGCUCUGGAUCGACGUGUACGACAGCGUUUUUCAGUUCUCUCCAAUAUCAGCAACUUCGCACAGCCAUUGAAGAGGAGUGGGACAACAUUCCACAGGCCACAAUCAACAGCCUAAUCAACUCUAUCCGAAGGAGAUAUGUCACGCUCCAUGAGGCAAAUAGUGGUCACACCAGAUACUGACUGGUUUUCAGAUCCAUGCCUCUACCUUUAAUUUAGUUAUUUUUUAUCUGUGACCAACAAAUGCAUAUCUUUAUUCCCAGUCAUGCGAAACCCAUAGAUUAGGUCCUAGGGAAUUUAUAUUAAUUGACAGAUUUCCUUAUAUGAACUGUAACUCAGUAAAAUCUUUGCAAUUGUUGCAUGUUGCGUUUAUAUUUUUGUUCAGUGUAGUUAGUACAAGUGUGUAAUCAGGCCACAUUGAUUUUGUAAUAUUGUCAGCUGUCAGUGUCAAUCAAAGUUGGGAUUUUUAGAAAAUGUGAAGAAAUCAUUAAAAUGACCAUAGCAUAUGUAUUUUGAAAUGCAUUUCAGAAUUACAUUCUUUAAAAGCAUAUGGUAUUGUUAUUUGACUUGUUCUAAGCCCAAAUAUGCCAAAUACAGUGCAUUCGGAAAGUUUUCAACCUUAUUCUAAAAUUUAUUAAAUUGUUUUUUCCCCUCAUCAAUCUAGACACAAUACCCCCUAAUGACAAGUAAUUGUUUAGUUUUUUGUUUUUAUUGUUUGCUAAUAAAAAUAAAUAAAAAACUUAUCACAUUUACAUAAGUAUUCAGACCCUUUACUCAGUACUUUGUUGAACCACCUUUGGCAGCGAUUACAGCCUUGAGUCUUAAGUAUGACACUACAAGCUUGGCACACCUGUAUUUGGGGAGUUUCUCCCAUUCUUCUCUGCAGAUCCUCUCAAGCUCUGUCAGGUUGGAUGGGGAGCAUCGCACCACAGCCAUUUUCAGGUCUCUUCAGAGAUGUUAGAUCGGAUUCAAGUCCGGGCUCUGGCUGGGCCACUCAAGGACAUUCAGAGACUUGUCUCGAAGCCACUCCUGCGUUGUCUUGGCUGUGUGCUUAGGGUUCUUGUCCUUUUGGAAGGUGAGUCUUCGCCCCAGUCUGAGGUCCUGAGCACUCUCUGUACUUUGCUGCAUUCAUCUUACCCUCAAUCCUGACUAGUCUCCCAGUCCCUGCCGCUGAAAAACAUCCCCACAGCAUGAUGCUGCCACCACCAUGCUUUACCGUUGUGAUGGUGCCAGGUUUCUUCCAGACGCGACGCUUGGCAUUCAGGCCAAACCAGAGAAUCUUGUUUCUCAUGGUCUGAGAGUCCUUUAGGUGCCUUUUGGCAAAUUCCAAGCGGGCUGUCGUGCCUUAUACUGAGGAGUGGCUUUCGUCUGGCCACUCUACCAUAAAGACCUGAUUGCUGGAGUGCUGCAGAGAUGGUUGUCCUUCUGGAAGGUUCUCCCAUCCCCACAGAGGAACUCUAGAGCUCUGUCAGUGUGACCAUCAGGUUCUUGGUCACCUCCCUGACCAAGACCCUUCUCCCCCGAUUGCUCAGUUUGGCCGGGGGGCCAGCUCUAGGAAGAGUCUUGGUGGUUCCAAACUUUUUCCAUUUGAGAAUGAUGGAGGCCACUGUGUUCUUGGGGACCUUCAAUGCUGCAGAAAUGUUUUGGGACACUUCCCCAGAUCUGUGCCUCGACACAAUCCGGUCUCGGAGCUCUACGGACAAUUCCUUCGACCUCAUAGCUUUUGCUCUGACAUGCACUGUCAACUGUGGGACCUUAUAUAGACAGGUGUGUGCCUUUCCAAAUCAUGUCCAAUCAAUUGCAUUUACCACCGGCGGACUCCAAGUUUUAGAAACAUCUCAAGGAUGAUCAAUGGAAACAGGAUGCACCUGAGCUUAAUUUCGAGUCUCAUAGCAAAGGGUCUGAAUACUUAUGUAAAUAAGGUGUUUCUGUUUUUUAUUUUUAAUAAUUUUGCUAGAAUUUCUAAAAACCUGUUUUCGCUUUGUCAUUAUUGGGUAUCAUGUGUAGAUCGAGUAAACAUUUUAUUUAAUCAAUUUUAGAAUAAGGCUGUAACGUAAUUAAAUGUGGAAAAAGUCAAGGCGUCUGAAUACUUUCCGAAGGCACUGUAUAUGAUUCAACUCAUUGCCGUUUGAACUACAGCCAUUUCUGUAUUGUACUUUAUUCUUUGGACACGCAUACCACUGACACACACACGGGUGUGCGUUGAUGUCUGUGGUGUGUGUGUGCUUGUGAGAGAGGGAGGGAGAACACUGUAGCAGGCCUCAUUCUCCAUUGACUUGCAUUGGAUUUGCUUAUGCUGUAUAAUAUACUCUAGGAGUGUGAAAGUGUGGAUUUCUUUAGAUAUUGUUUUCACGAUAAUAGAGGAGAGAUGCUCAUAAAACAACAGAGUUUUUUAGCUUUUAGCUGCGUUCCCAAAGCGAUAAGUUCUGCUUCCUUGUUAUUCAUUCAGCCUGUGUGCCAGCCUGCCAUUGCAUCAGCAUUACCUAGUACCUAACACACGCUCGCACUCUCCUUUUGUCAGGACACGCCCUACAGCAAAAAUCACCUCCUCCUCCUCUCAGCUACCCCUCCUCAUUCCCAGCAUCCCUCCUUCCAUUCCCCCCGUUAUUUCAUCUUCCGCUUGAGUGCUAGCCCCCCCGCCACGACCGCCAUCCAUCCAUCCAUCCUGGAGCAGGUUCAGUCAGGCCCCAAUCUGCCCUCGCCUCUUCUUUCCUGGCCUGGCUCGCCUCACUCUGUGCCCUACUUUCCCUCCAAACCUUGCUGUUAUAUCUUUAAAUGGGGAGCAGAACUUAAGAGCUCUGCACACUGACAUUCUCUCCCUCUGACUAUUUCUCUCUUUAUUUCUCUCUUUGACAUUCUCUCUUUGACAUUCCAGUAAGGCUGUUGGUUUGCCUGCAGUCUGAAACUAGUCUAUUUUUCUCCUCUUUGUUUAGUAUGUAGGAAGUAAUUGUCACGGGGCUUUGGUGCUCUGCUUGCCCUCACUCCUUCCCUCUCGCUCUCCCCCUCUUACUCCCUGUCUUCCCUUGUCCUCUGCUCUCCCUUCUGCUAACGUAGCAAAUCUAUGCAAUCCUUUUUUUUUUUGUUACUGUCCUUGAGCCUUGAGCUCGCCACCUUGGCAGUAUGUAAAUCAGCAGGUUUUGUGAGCAGUGAUCCUUCUCUACUUCCUUCAGUGUCUCUCUCUCGGUCUCUCUCUCUCUCGGUCUCUGUGUCUCUCUCUCAGUGUCUCUCUCUUUCCCUUUCUCUGCAUGGUGAUAAGAAAUCCUGUCCCUCACACUAAACUAGGCCAAACACCUUGAGGUUGAGUGUCAGGUUAACUGCUGCUUAUGGCAAGAAAGACCCUGCCUUUAGCACAGACUGGACCCCAUUAUUUUAAAGUGACUAUUUUAUAGUGUCAUUCUCUCAAAAGUAGGCCUAUAUUAAUUACUGCUUUGCUCUUUCAAUUGAAUAUAGGUUAUUUUCAGUUGUUCAAUGGAAAACGUAAUACAUUUUUGUCUCUCACUUUUAGCCACAUCGUUACGAGUGGCUAACGUUCAUUUUAUGGUUGUUUAUCUCAUGCUGUUGUCAGUACAUAAACACAGCCUCCCCUGACCUCUGACCUUAUUACCUAAUGACCUUCUGCAGUGCAUCUAGACGGCAGCUUACUGAGCUAAUAGGCUACAUGGGUCUGCAGAAGAAAAUGCCAUAAAAGCUGUAAUAAAUUGCACCACCAUGUUUCACUAGCCUGCCACUUGCAUAGGUAGCACAAGCUCAGCAUUGAUGGGUUUGGUGGCAGAAGCACAAGCUCAGCAGAGUAAGUGAUGGUCUUGGUGGUACUGGCAGACUUAACACCACACCAUACUGGGGUGGAUUUUAUGGUAGACUAGACUCAAAACGGGAGGGGGCGGGUGGCCAUGGCAGUGGAGAAAGCCCAAAUGAGGCAGAAGGUGGGGGCUUCUGUCACGGUCUUCCCAAAUCCAGCCCUCACCACCUCUGCCCCAUCCCCCCCAUCGCUUGCUCAGCAAUGGAGGAAAAGCUUAUCCCCACAGUGCCUGUCUGCCUGGAAACACAGAGUAAUGUGAUAGCCAUCAUGCUUGAGAUGCAGCCAAAGUAGUGUUUUUGUUGACCCUUUUAUUUAAGACUCAAAUCCCACUGUCAAUUUCAACACAAUCACAAUAGACAGACUCAUAUUUAUUCAACCACCAUAGGCUUAUUUCUUUCUCUGACUAUCCCAAUAUGGGGAUAUUUGAGUUGAUACGCUUCACAGACGAAUGUAUUCUUCUAGAAACAGUAAAGUUAAUUUAAUCAGACAAGGAAGGUCUCCUCUUUGAAUCUGCGUAUUCCUCCAGGGCUUAGCUGUCCUGGAUCUGCACAGCUCUGCGAGGGCCUGGGAUCGGGAGAGACACUUAAGUGUUUUAGUACUAUAUCUCUUGACACAAUGAUGAAAAUAAUCAUGGCCUCUAAACCUUCAAGCUGCAUACUGGAUCCUAUUCCUACUAAACUGCUGAAGGAGCUGCUUCCUGUGCUUGGCCCUCCUAUGUUGAACAUAAUAAACAGCUCUCUAUCCACCGGAUGUGUACCAAACUCACUAAAAGUGGCAGUGAUAAAGCCUCUCUUGAAAAAGCCAAACCUUGACCCGGAAAAUAUAAAAAACUAUCGGCCUAUAUCGAAUCUUCCAUUCCUCUCAAAAAUUUUAGAAAAAGCUGUUGCGCAGCAACUCACUGCCUUUCUGAAGACAAACAAUGUAUACGAAAUGCUUCAGUCUGGUUUUAGACCCCAUCAUAGCACUGAGACUGCACUUGUGAAGGUGGUAAAUGACCUUUUAAUGGCGUCAGACCGAGGCUCUGCAUCUGUCCUCGUGCUACUAGACCUUAGUGCUGCCUUUGACACCAUCGAUCACCACAUUCUUUUGGAGAGACUGGAAACCCAAAUUGGUCUACACGGACAAGUUCUGGCCUGGUUUAGAUCCUACCUGUCGGAAAGAUAUCAGUUUGUCUCUGUGAAUGGUCUGUCCUCCGACAAAUCAACUGUACAUUUCGGUGUUCCUCAAGGUUCCGUUUUAGGACCACUAUUGUUUUCACUAUAUAUUUUACCUCUUGGGGAUGUUAUUCGAAAACAUAAUGUUAACUUUCACUGCUAUGCGGAUGACACACAGCUGUACAUUUCAAUGAAACAUGGUGAAGCCCCAAAAUUGCCCUCGCUAGAAGCCUGUGUUUCAGACAUAAGGAAGUGGAUGGCUGAAAACUUUUUACUUUUAAACUCGGACAAAACAGAGAUGCUUGUUCUAGGUCCCAAGAAACAAAGAGAUAUUCUGUUAAAUCUGACAAUUCAUCUUGAUGGUUGUAAAGUCGUCUCAAAUAAAACUGUGAAGGACCUCGGCGUUACUCUUGACCCUGAUCUCUCUUUUGACGAACAUAUCAAGACUGUUUCAAGGACAGCUUUUUUCCAUCUACGUAACAUUGCAAAAAUCAGAAAUUUUCUGUCCAAAAAUGAUGCAGAAAAAUUAAUCCAUGCAUUUGUUACUUCUAGGUUAGACUACUGCAAUGCUCUAUUUUCCGGCUACCCGGAUAAAGCACUAAAUAAACUUCAGUUAGUGCUAAAUACGGCUGCUAGAAUCCUGACUAGAACCAAGAAAUUUGAUCAUAUUACUCCAGUGCUAGCUUCCCUACACUGGCUUCCUGUUAAGGCAAGGGCUGAUUUCAAGGUUUUACUGUUAACCUAUAAAGCGUUACAUGGGCUUGCUCCUACCUAUCUUUCCGAGUUGGUCCUGCCGUACAUACCAAUACGUACGCUACGGUCACAAGACGCAGGCCUCCUAAUUGUCCCUAGAAUUUCUAAGCAAACAGCGGGAGGCAGGGCUUUCUCCUAUAGAUCUCCAUUUUUAUGGAACAGUCUGCCUACCCAUGUGAGAGACGCAGACUCGGUCUCAACCUUUAAGUCUUUACUGAAGACUUAUCUCUUCAGUAGGUCAUAUGAUUGAGUGUAGUCUGGCCCAGGAGUGUGAAGGUGAACGGAAAGGCUGGAGCAACGAACAGCCCUUGCUGUCUCUGCCAGGCCGGUUCCCCUCUCCACUGGGGUUCUCUGCCUCUAACCCUGUUGCAGGGGCUGAGUCACUGGCUUGCUGGUGCUCUUUCAUGCCGUCCCUGGGAGGGGUGCGUCACUUGAGUGGGUUGAGUUACUGACGUGAUCUUCCUGUCUGGGUUGGCGCCCCCCCCCUGGUUUGUGCUGUGGUGGAGACCUCUGUGGGCUAUACUCGGCCUUGUCUCAGGAUUGUAAGUUGGUGGUUGGGGAUAUCCCUCUAGUGGUGCGGGGGCUGUGCUUUGGCGGAGUGGGUGGGGUUAUAUCCUUCCUGUUUGGCCCUGUCCGGGGGUUUCUUCGGAUGGGGCCACAGUGUCUCCGGACCGCUCCUGUCUCAGCCUCCAGUAUUUAUGCUGCAGUAGUUUAUGUGUCGGGGGGCUGGGGUUAGUUGGUUAUACCUGGAGUACUUCUCCUGUCUUAUCCAGUGUCCUGUGUGAAUUUAAGUAUGCUCUCUCUAAUUCUCUCGUUCUCUCUUUCUCUCUGAGAACCUGAGCCCUAGGACCAUACGUCAGGACUACCGGGCAUGAUGACACCUUGCUGUCCCCAGUCCGCCUGGCCUUGCUGCUAUUCCAGUUUCAACUGUUCUGCCUGCGGCUACGAAACCCCUACCUGUCCCAGACCUGCUGUUUUCAACUCUUAAUGAUCGGCUAUGAAAAGCCAACUGAGAGACCUGAGCCCUAGGACCAUACGUCGGGACUACCGGCCGUGGUGACUCCUUGCUGUCCCCAGUCCGCCUGGCCUUGCUGCUAUUCCAGUUUCAACUGUUCUGCCUGCGGUUAUGGAACCCCUACCUGUCCCAGACCUGCUGUUUUCAACUCUUAAUGAUCGGCUAUGAAAAGCCAACUGAGAUUUAUUCCUGAUUAUUAUUUGACCAUGCUUGUCACUUAUGAACAUUUUUGAACAUCUUGGCAUGGUUCUGUUAUAAUCUCCACCCGGCACAGCCAGAAGAGGACUGGCCACCCCUCAUAGCCUGGUUCCUCUCUAGGUUCUUCCUAGGUUUUGCCUUCUAGGGAGUUUUUCCUAGCCACCCGUGCUUCUACACCUGCAUUACUAGCUGUUGGGGUUUUAGGCUGGGUUUCUGUACAGCACUUCGAGAUAUUAGCUGAUGUAAGAAGGGCUAUAUAAAAUAAAAUUGAUUGAUUGAUUGAUUUGAACAUUGAAUAUGUAUGGGGUCGGUGUUUGCAUGUCGAGAUGCCGUCUGGCUUGUAGGCUCUCAUCAUUCUGUGAUAUUUGGAGCUCUAGAGACGAACCUCAGACAGUGAACUGUGGGUAGUUAAUGUCUAGAGAGGUCUGUCUGGCACCUCACCCAGAGCGUGUUGGCUCUCCUGUGAUAUGACAUUAAUAUGAACUCCUACUGCAGACAUUGGAGCUAUCCCUAUCUCUCUCUGUGCCAGUCUCAGCCUGCCUCCUGUAAGCCUGUUUUGGCUGCUUGGUCGCUCAGGAAAGAGUCAGUGUCACAGGGUGCAGACUAGGUUAGACGAGACUGUGGUAUUUGAGGUCUCUGAGGUGUGGGGAUUUUUAGAUUUUGGAGAGCAGCUGAAGUGUGUUUCUGUUCAGGUGUUUGUGUUUUCAUGUGUGUUUAUGGUCACACAGCAGCUGAAGUUUAGAUUUGUGUGUGCAUUAGUUUUCUUCUCUCCCAACAUCUGAGGUGUGUGUGUGUGUGUGUGUUCAUGUAUGUUUUCAUCUGUGACAUGUUUAGACAGCUGAAAUAGUGUUUUCUCUCCUCGCCAGGUGUGGGACUAUGAGACAGGAGACUUUGAGCGGACGCUGAAGGGUCACACAGACUCUGUCCAGGACAUCUCCUUUGACCAGACAGGCAAGCUGCUGGCCUCCUGCUCUGCUGACAUGACCAUCAAGCUGUGGGACUUCCAGGGCUUUGAGUGCAUUCGGACCAUGCAUGGUGAGGGGACAGGAGAGGGUGGACUGGCUAGAGAGCUAAUGGGUUGGAGGUUAUUAUGUCUUAGACCAUGAGGAGGACCAGGGAUGGUGAGGUAUGUGUGAUUGUUUGGAUGUGCAUUGAGACACAGGUGCUACCGAUGCUGUUCAUUAUCACGUAUGAUAUGGCUCAUCCUCACUGAAGUCCAUGGUAAUCUGCUCCAAUUCACAGAAAACCCAGUGAAACAAAAGAGCUUCACAUCACAGCCAAAUUAUCUGUCACACAGGCUUUAAUGUUAAUGCCAGCCAUUCCACACUUCUUCUAAACAUACUCCCCAAUCUAACUCCUACAGGCGGUGGGGACUAGUUCUCUCGCGCCAUCUCUCUCUCUCUGGAGUUCAGUCAUUUGCACCGUUUAAUAUUACGAUUUGGAGGGCAGAAUGAGAAGCCUUUCUGUUUUCUCUCACACACACACACACACACACACACACACACACACACACACACACUCCCUCAAGACGAGGUGCUAUUUCUCAUAUCAUCAGCACUCUAAAUGUACCAGUCCUUAGGCAGUGUCACUGCCCCCUCCCCUCUUUUAAAUCCUAAUUGCUGGAUAAAUUGAAGCGGCAACUCUUACAACGUGUGCCUUCAGGCCCCACUGAAACAGGAGGACCACUGGAGUGGCUUUCCUAUUCCAUUGGAACUGUCUGGAGCUCUUAAAACAUAUCAACACAUCAUAUGCCCCUUAAACUCUCCCCAAAAAUGCCUCUGAAAUUGCCCAGACUAAGAAGUAUACUACAUGAAUGAAUAUAAAUGCUUUAAAGUAAAACUCAAAAUAAGCUCUCUUCCCCUUCUUGACUAGGGCUCAGUCAUUUUUCUAUCCAUGUUUGAGUUGUAAACCUAGACGUAUAUAAAUCCAAGGUUUGCAGUGCGUGUGUGUGUGAGAUAUUAGCGGUCUCUCUCCAAUCCCUUUUUGGGUGUAAUUUACAUUGUCAGUUAGAGCUGGCAUGUUGCCCCAAAACAGACAGGCUGUGUUCACACUGUGAAGAAAGGAGGAGAGCUCUGGGACCACUUCUCUUUGUCUUCCUCCCUCUCUCCAUCCCUCUCUCUGUGCCUGCCAGUUCCACUGCGCCAGCAUUCCUGUCAUCCUCCCAUCCCCUAAUAUUUUCAUCCUUUCAUUCUCCUUAAGAGUUCCUUUCUUCCUCUAAUUUUCCUUCUCUCCAGUCCUUCCCUUCUCCUUAAACAAUUUCCCCUCUCUCCUUCCUCACCCUUUCUCCUCUACACGGUUUUCUCUCCAUCUUUCUCUCAUCCUCUUCCUCUCUCCCUCCUUCCCUCUCAUCCUCCCUGCAUCCCUCCCACCAGGCUGGCUGGUUUGGUAGUGAAGAUUAGGAGAGAUUUUGGACAGUUAGUUUAAUUAUGAUCCUCUUCACUCAGCACCAGAUAGCAGCCCUUUGUGAGGGUUCCACCACCCAUUAUUAUAACCACCACCACACACACACACUACCCCUCCCCACCACAUAUGUUUAAGCUUGGCUUUUAGAGCCUACUUACGUUUCCUCAUCUUUUUAGCAGAUUAAAGAUGGCUGCCCUGGUCUCUAGGUAAUUAACUGCCUCUUCUCUAGGAACAAAGACACCCUGAGCGUAAUUGGCCGUCUCUCUACUCAUGUUAAUUGGCAAAUUUGAACAAAACCUAUUUUAUGGCACGUUUAGUUCUGGGGACUGUCUGAAGUACAGUACUUGGACAUUUCACCAAUGGUAAUUUCAGUCAGCAGUGGUUGUUUUGGAAAGGGAAAGGGGGUACCUAGUCAGUUGUACAACUGAAUGCAUUCAACUGAAAUGUGUCUUCCACAUUUAACCCAACCCCUCUGAAUCAGAGAGAUGCGGGGGCUUAAAUCAAUGUAAUUGGUGCCCAGGGGGUAAAAGUUGUUGGUAGAAUGGCAGAUUUUGUCCACCUUGCCGGCUCGGGGAUUCGAACCUGCAACCUUCCAGUUACUGGCCCAGCGCUCUUAACUGCUAGGCUACCUGCUGACCAGUGAAGGUCUCAUUGCAUUGUGUCUUCUGUUUUCCAGGACACGAUCACAAUGUUUCGUCCGUAGCCAUCAUGCCCAACGGAGAUCACAUAGUAUCUGCCUCGAGGGACAAAACCAUCAAAAUGUGGGAGGUGGCCACUGGGUAAGUAUGCUUCACAAUAGCAGUGCUUACCGUGAGCCAAAACGUUCACAUAAGUGUGCAGGAGCUUCUCUUCUUUUUAAAUAGUAUUCAACAUUUCCUAUGCCUCUGCAAAGCAAGCAACCAUCUUUAACCCAUCUCCCCUCUUCCCAUCCAUCAGAUACUGUGUGAAGACGUUCACGGGCCACAGGGAGUGGGUGAGGAUGGUCCGGCCCAACCAGGACGGCACCCUGAUCGCCAGCUGCUCCAACGACCAGACGGUGCGUGUGUGGGUGGUGGCAUCCAAAGAGUGCAAGGCCGAGCUGCGGGAGCACGAACACGUGGUGGAGUGCAUCUCCUGGGCCCCCGAGAGCGCCCAUCCCACCAUCCUGGAGGCCACCGGCUCAGAGGUGAGAAGGAGCUUGACACAAAAAUACUGAUACAUGCACUUCAUGUAACCCCUUCAUCCUCGAAACGCCACCUGCUGACUCUUCAAAAGCACCUUACCCAUAUGCCCUGUCCUUGGAUCUGUGCCAAAACCUUUAUGUACAGUGCAUUCGGAAAGUAUUUAGACCCCUUCCCCUUUUCCACAUUUUAUUACGUUACAGCCUUAUUCUAAAAUUGAUUAAAUUAAACAUUUUCCUCAUCAAUCUACACACAAUUCCCCAUAAUGACAACGUGAAAACAGGUUUUUAGAAUUUUUUCCUAAUGUAUUAAAAACCUCUGAUACCUUAUUUACAUAUAUAUUCAGACCCUUUGCUAUGAGACUCGAAAUUGAGCUCAGGUGCAUCCUGUUCCAUUGAUCAUCCUUGAGAUGUUUCUAAAACCUGAUUGGAGUCCACCUGUGGUAAAUUCAAUUGAUUGGACAUGAUUUGGAAAGGCACAUGCCUGUCUAUAUAAGGUCCCACAGUUGACAGUGCAUGUCAGAGCAAAAACCAAGCCAUGAGGUCAAAGGAAUUGUCCGUAGAGCUCCGAGACAGGAUUGUGUUGAGGCACAGAUCUGGGGAAGGGUACCAAAAUAUUUCUGCAGCAUUGAAGGUCCCCAAGAACACAGUGGCCUCCAACAAUCUUAAAUGAAAGAAGUUUGGAACCACCAAGACUCUUCCUAGAGCUGGCCGCCUGGCCAGCAUUCAGCAUUCAGGCCAGACGGGAGCCACUCCUCAGUAAAAGGCACGACAGCCCGCUUGGAGUUUGCCAAAAGGCACCUAAUGGACUCUCAGACCAUGAGAAACAAGAUUCUCUGGUCUGAUGAAACCAAGAUUGAACUCUUUGGCCUGAAUGCCAAGCGUCACGUCUGUAGGAAACCUGGCACCAUCCCUACGGUGAAGCAUGGUGGUGGCAGCAUCAUGCUGUGGGGAUGUUUUUCAGUGGAAGGGACUGGGAGACUAGUCUGGAUUGAGGGAAAGAUGAACGCAGCAAAGUACAGAGAGAUCCUUGAUGAAAACCUGCUCCAGACCGCUCAGGACCUCAGACUGGGGCGAAGGUUCACCUUCCAACAGGACAACGACCCUAAGCACACAGCCAAGACAUCGCAGGAGUGGCUUCUGGACAAUUCUCUGAAUGUCCAUGAGUGGCCUAGCCAUAGCCCGGACUUGAACCCGAUCGAACAUCUCUGGAGAAACCUGAAAAUAGCUGUGCAGCGAUGCGCCCCAUCCAACCUGACAGAGCUUGAGAGGAUCUGCAGAGAAAAAUUUGAGGAACUCCCCAAAUACAGGUGUGCCAAGCUUGUAGUGUCAUACCCAAGAAGACUCGAGGCUGUAAUCGUUGCCAAAGGUGCUUCAACAAAGUACUGAGUAACGGAUCUGUAUAAUUAUCUAAAUGUUAUAUUUCAGUUUAUUUUUAUUUAUUUUUGCUUAAAAAUCUAAAAACCUGUUUUUGCUUUGUCAUUAUGGGGUAUUGUGUAUAGAUUGAUGAGGGGGGAAAAAACGAUUUUAAUCCAUUUUAGAAUAAGGCUGUAACGUAACAAUGUGAAAAAUAAAAAAAUAAGUCAAGGGGUCUGAAUACAUUCUGAAUGCACUGUAUAUACAUGCCUUAAGUAAAAUGGCAAAUGUACACAUCGAGAUAAUACUCUGCACACACCCAUUUAAAUGGUACGGCUUGGUACAUAUAAGUAUCUGAUUGCUCAAGGAAAAGUAGACCUAGAUAUUCACGGGUGAACACCUAAGUUAAUAAUAUGCCCACGUCCUACUGUGCGUGUAUACAUGUCAGAACAUGGACUUUGCUCUCCACCCUCUAUGACUUCCUAUAUAUCUGGGUUAUUUGGUCUUCCCUAACCUAGUUAUCUGGGUUAUUUGGUCUGUCUCCUAACCUAAGAUUGGCACCUCACAGAGCCAGACGUGUUUGAAUCAGACCAUGAAAUUAAAAGUACAGGAGCAACCCUGUCAUGGCCCAGGGUCAGACCAUCACCCUGAACGUUGCCCCCAUGAGUCCACACACACAGACAGACACACACACAGACAGACACACCGAUUACCCCGUGAGUGUCCCGCUCUUCCCAGUCUUGUGAUCAUGCAUGUCCAAUUCCAGCUUCAUCUGAUUAAAACAUUUAUCCUCGCAGGCAGAUAGUGGCCUUGUCAAGAACCCUGCCUCCCUGUCUGCCUCAAUGCCUGAGCACAAUGAUACCAAAUGUCCCAACUUCUCACAGAAGGAGCAUCAGACAGUUGUUUUUCUCUUUAGCGCUCUCUUUCUGUAUUUACCCAUUUCAAUGGUUGAUUUGUGAAGUCUGCAGUGAUGGUAUUGUUGAUCUUGGCUAUGGUAUUGUUGUACUCCCACACACACACACACAAAAACAUACAUACCCCUUCAAACACACCCCAUUACCCUUGCCUUUGAUCAAAUGCUCCUUUUGAAGACUUUAAGAACUUGGCGCUUAGUAGCAGAGCCGGUUCAGGUAGAAUGAUUCUCCUGACUCUCCUGACAUCAAUUAUACUGGCACACUUUAUGUUCUGUGAACUAAAGCAGCCAAAUGUGACUGACAUUUAAGACGGCUCUGCUGUACGUGCUGAGAUGAGCCUGCACAGGGGAACCCAAACUGUUAGAACAUGUCCUCCCUUGUUGCGGAACUCAGAACUCUGAGGCAUUUAAUGACUUUUUAUAUCUGUGCGUACACUACAUGUGUACACAGAAGUAUGUGGACACCUGCUUGUUGAACAUCUCAUUCCAAAAUCAUGGGCAUUAACAUGGAGUUGGUCCCCCCCUUUGCUGCUAUAACAGCCUCCACUCUUCUGGGAAGGCUUUCCACUAGAUGUUGGAACAUUGCUGCGGGGACUUGCUUCCAUUCAGCCACGAGCAUUAGUGAGGUUGGGCACUGAUGUUGGGCGAUUAGGCCUAGCUUGCAGUCUGCGUUCUAAUUCAUCCCAAAGGUGUUCGAUGGGGUUGAGGUCAGGGCUCUGUGCAGGCCAGUCAAGUUCUUCCACACCGAUCUCGACAAACCAUUUCAGUAUGGACCUUGCUUUUUGUAUGGGGGGCAAUGUCAUGCUGAAACAGGAAAGGGCCUUCCCCAAACUGUUGCCACAAAGUUGGAAGCACAGAAUCGUCUAGAAUGUCAUUGUAUGCAGUAGGGUUAAGAUUUCCCUUCACUGGAACUAAGGGGCCUAGCCCGAACCAUGGAAAACAGCCCCAGACCAUUAUUCCUCCUCCACCAAACUUUACAGUUGGGACUAUUCAUUCGGGCUGGUAGCGUUCUCCUGGCAUCUGCCGAACCCAGAUUAAUCUGUCGGACUGCCAGAUGGUGAAGGGUGAUUCAUCACUCCAGAGAACGCGUUUCCACUGCUCCAGAGUCCAAUGGUGGCACGCUUUACACCAGUCUAGCCGGCACUUUGCAUUGAGCAUGGUGAUCUUAGGCUUGUGUGCGGCUGCUCGGCCAUGGAAACCCAUUUCAUGACGCUCCUGACGAACAGUUCUUGUGCUGACGUUGCUUCCAGAGGCAGUUUUGAACUCGGUAGUCAGUGUUGCAACCGAGGACAGACUAUUUUUACGCGCUAUGUGCUUCGCGGCUGAGCAGUUGUUGCUCCUAGACGUUUCCACUUCACAAUAGCAGCACUUAUAGUUGACCGGGGAAGCUCUAGCAGGGCAGAAACGUGACAAACUGACUUGUUGGAAAGGUGGCAUCCUAUGACGGUGCCACGUUGAAAGUCACUGAGCUCUUCAGUAAGGCCAUUCUACUGCCAAUGUUUGUCUAUGGAGAUUGCAUGGCGGUGUGCUCGAUUUUAUACACCUGUCAGCAAUGGUUGUGACUGAAAUAGCCGAAUCCACUAAUUUGAAGGGGUGUCCACAUACUCUUAUAUCAAAGCAGAGUCUGUAAUUGAACAUCUAAAGUGUAGGCCUGUGCCCUGCUCUGGAGAUGCAUCCUCUGAUAACUAUUUAGUUUGUAGUCCAUUUCCCCUGAUGCUAAGAUGGUAUUUAUCAAUCAAAGGUUGUGGUAUAAAAAUAAAUGUAAUUCAGAGGGCUGCUGGCUGCAUAUAGCCCUUAUAACGAAAUGAUCAAGGGUUGAUGUCCCGCAAGUGAAGACUGCUUAAGGUUCUGUAUUGGCAUUUUACGGCGGCAAUUGGAGCUUAUCGUAUUCUCUCUCCCUGUGUCCUUCCAGUCUAAGAAGAGUGGUAAGCCGGGCCCUUUCCUGCUGUCUGGCUCCAGAGACAAGACCAUCAAGAUGUGGGACGUCAGCAUUGGGAUGUGCCUUAUGACACUGGUGAGUGGACCAUUAAUCAUAGACAUACAAUAGAUGGUCAUUUUCGAUUCAUGCAGUUUUAAUUGAAAAAUGUCCCCAUUUAUGAUGUUGAAUCCAUUCCUCAUGACAUGAAUUGUAAUAUGAUUGACUUUCUUGAACCCUAGUCUUAACCGAACGCUCUGUCCCAGGUUGUCUUGUUUCCCGAACUAAGCAUAGUCCUGGACUGAGAAGCAAGUUAGUUUUAGACCAGGAGUAGUCUGGGAAACUGGCCCUAGAUUUUGUAUUUACAAUUCUAACCAAACGCCUUUGUCCCAGGUUGGCCAUGAUAACUGGGUGCGCGGGAUGCUUGUCCACCCCGGAGGCAAGUUCAUAUUGAGCUGUGCUGACGACAAGACCUUAAGGAUCUGGGACUACAAGAACAAGCGUUGCAUGAAGACCCUGAGUGCCCAUGAACACUUUGUUACCUCUCUGGGUAAGCCGCUCUCAAUCUUCUCUUCUCCUACAGUCAGCGUCAGUUACAGCUGUGUCUUGUUCAGUACUGCAAAAUGUUAGUGCUGGGCGAUUAACCGAAAUGUCGGUUAUUUUUCGGUUUUUAAACAACUAAUUCCACUUCUGUUUUUUCUCUUUUUUUUUCUGUGAGCUCAAUGCACACAUUGCACAGUUUCCCUAGAGAUAAAUCAGAUCCAGCCUGAACUGUGCGAUGUAGUAGGGAGUUGUAGUUUCCAACAGGCCAAUAUUCUACAUAGCUUAACGCACAAUGUGGUAAUUGACUACAAUGACCAUAAUCCAUUUGCGCAUCUACUUGUCCGUUCUGUUUCUAUUAUGCCUGCUAUGGAAGAGAGAAGGGAUAUUUUUUUGUCAGACACUAUAGGCAGCAGUUCUAUAAAGAUGAGAUGAUGACUUGGUAUGAAAGAAUAAAGUCAUGAAAUAAAAUGUAUGUAACAUACACAACUGAAAUAUUUUAUUAAAGUAAAGUAAUGUGAAUAAAUGAUGGUUAAUAAGUGAUAAGCAGUAAUGGGCAGUCACUACCAUCCUGGGACUUUUAUUAAUUGUUUUAUUCUGUGUUACAGUAUUCAACGCACAUAAUGCAUAGUGCAUUUAAUGUUAAAAAAAUUAUUGAAAUCAAAAACGUGACUGAACUGACUAAUCGCUCAGUACUACAAAAACAUUUUGUAACGUAAAACGUUAGCCCAUCAUGCUAUAGGCCCCAGAGAGAGAGGACCAGAGCAGGGGUUAAACAAAGCUGUUUUGGGCGGUGGUUUAAUGGGGUUAGGCAUAGAUGGAUAGGAGGGGGGUGUAGCGUUUUGAUAUACUGGUCUUGCCUGGCUCAGUAUCUUUGGGACUAGCAGCUGGUGUCUAAUAGGUAGACCAACGCUCCAGGAUUUUCUCACUUUUCCCCAAAUCUGAGGCUUCUGAGCAGAUCAAGGCUAGGGAACUCUCCGGAGAAGGAGACUCCAGCUAUCCAGCCAGCUUUCCUGGCAGGGUAGUGCUGUUUGAAGCCCCAGCCUCUGAAAUCUAGCCCUGCGUGCACACACACACACAGCACUGCUGUAAGCUAUUGUUUGGAUAUUUUUUGGGAAAAGACAAAGCACCUUUUGAGGUAGUUGUGUUGUGCUUCUCUGUGUGAUGCAUGUACCAAGAGGUUAAGAGCUUUGUCUAGUUAAUGAAAUGCCCCAAUUCAACUAUUGAUAAUAAAAAAAUAUAUAUUCAGGUCAUACUGCUAAAUGGAAUAUAGGUUUGUGAUAAAUGGACUUUAAUCGCCUUUAAUGUGGAAGUUAACGAAUUAUUCUGCCAUCUCCUCUGGAGAGAACCAAUUCUCUCUCUCUCUCUCUAUUAAUUUCAAUUCAAAGGGCUUUAUUGGCAUGGGAAAGAUGUUUACAUUGCCAAAGCAAGUGAAUUGACAAGAAACAAACUAUCUACUGUACUGAUGCCCUUUAUCCUCUUCUCCUCAGAUUUCCACAAGAAUGCUCCGUACGUCGUCACUGGGAGCGUAGAUCAAACUGUAAAAGUGUGGGAGUGUCGCUGAUCAGAUCAGACCUGAGGAGAUCGGACCACCGCCACCCCCUCUAGGCCUCAUUCCACCCCCAUGCACCCCACCUCACCUCCCACCAUCUCCUUCAUCUCCUCUGGCUACACUCACACACCAUGGUUAAUACCUUAUCCUGUCAUCACGCUCUCUGGUCCAAUAACUAUGGUCCUUUUAUGUACAUUAUUCUGGAUGUAGAUUGAGCUAUUAAAUGUUACACAGCAAAAAAAGUAUUCUUGCAUGGUGAUGAUGAAUCCAAAAUUGUAAACUGUAAAUGUACAUGAUAACGUUGUCUAGAAGUACCAUAGGUUUAACAUAGGUUUAACUGGCUAAGUCUGUUGUCACAUGCAGCCUUACCUACCUACUUACCGAAGGCAGAUAUUUCUUUGUGUCACAAAUGGCACCCUAUUCCCUAUAUGCUGCAAUACCUGGUAAAAAGUAGUACACUAUACAGGGAAUAGAGUGCCUUUUGGGACACACUCUUUGACUGGGUGUAAAAUGUAGGGCACUAAAACCGAUCAUUUAAAAAAAAAACGACAGUGUCGUUUCUUUACGUGUCAGAUUUAUUAUUUUUGUCCACAUUUCUUUCUUUAGGUUUUUCUGUAUUUUUAUUUUCUUUGUAUUUUCUCUCCUUUUCACUGUUGUAGUCUGUCGGUCGGUUACCUUUUGAGGGGAAGAAACGACAAAAGGAGAAGUAUAAUCCCUUGAUGCCAGAGGAUAUGAGAUUGUCUGUCUGUGGGGGGUUUUGUUAUUGGAAUAAUCUGUAGCUUUGUAACAUCACUUCUGAAGUGUGCAUACCAUUUCUCUUCAUGUGGAACUAGAUAAUAUAUUAAUGGCUGCAUAUACGAAUGUUUGAAACUGUUGUCUAUCUUUGGACAUCUGGGGGUUGAGAAAAAAAAACAGCUUUGUACUCUUGUCAUGACAACGCGUCCUAAACUGAGUAUCAAAACCACUCCUGAUAGCCUUAGAAUUAUUCUAUCCAAUAAAUGUAUUCUGCUUCACGUUUAUUGGAUCAGAUAACAUUUCUCUUUUGGCAUCUGAAUGAAUUAACCUGGCUAGGCUGCGCAGCUGGCGCCCUUAUUUCAGUUGGUUAGCAUUUAGGUAAAAAACUCAGUGGACUGAUAGCUUUCAGGUUAGCAUUUAGGCUAUGUGAGCCGAUAGCGUGAGGUUACUCCUCCCUGAAACGUUACCCCCUGUCUGUUCGGCCCGGUACUGGGCCUUACGGUUGGCCGCAACUGAUCAGGCGAGCGCCUCAGCCUUUCUCUAGCACUUGGCCCUUUAGCAGCAGACAUCAGGGAUCACGUCUUUUCAUUUCACUUGAAAAGAAGGACCUUUUAGGUGUCUCCCUCCCUCUGUAAGAUGGCUCACUGAUGUCUCAAGUCUAACCUGAGUGAUUUCCAUUGGACUCAACUGAACCCUAUCCCCUUUUCUAACCAUAUGACAAAUCAGGUUACUGCUGGGUUUUGUCUGUUAUACUACAGGAAUCAUGUAAGAGAUUUGAUGCUCAGUUGGCCUUUGUCUUGUGCUGCUUGCUAAUAUGGGCUGUGUAAAUUAGGGAGGGCAAGCUUAAGCCUUAGCUUUGGAUGAAAUAUGCAAGUUUCGAAUGAGUCGGACUCAGUAGGAGAGACGUCGUCAUAGCAUGACAAGGAGUCAAAGUUGCCCCUCAGGUUUGUUUUGGGAUGUGCAAAAGAUCGCUCCAGAAAAAAGAAAAAAAAAGAAAUUGAGAGGUAAUAAAGCUGUUUCUGUGGGGGGAAAAGACAUGUAAACUAAAGCUUUUUACUGGGCUGUAGUGAAGUGUCCAAAUCUGUGUUUCCACCAAACUGACUAUUGAACUAUUGGGGGGAUUCAUUCAUUCAAUUGAUGAUUAAAUAAAAUGCUAGCAGUAGACAUACUAAUGAAAGCUUGUGCUCUCUGUACAGUAGAGCGGUCUGAUGGUAGUUCUUGUAAAGGGAUCUUCACCCCUAAGGCUACAUAAAGCAGCUCCCUUGCCACAGACUGGCCUUGGCUUUGGUCUUGGGCUAGGCCUACUGUGCUGCGUUUGUGCAAGAGUGCUUAGACGCCUUUCCUAGUGAAGAGCUCUCGGGGCCAAACUCCACAGGCCGACUAACACAUUGCAGUCGUCUCCUGGGUGGCAGGCACAUCUUUAUCCUAUUCUGUUCAUUUUAUAAUCUAGGCUGAAGAAAUAAUGAAAAAUGACAAUUGGAACGAAGUCUAAUCUAACCAAAUCCCUCCAUGACAAUGGAGACCAACCAUUCCAUUUCCCUUCAAAUAAAAUAAAAAUAACAUCUUGCUUCUUCUUACACUGCAGCAGGUGAGAAGAAAUCAUUAUCUUGCACAUCCCUGCUUUUCAUUAGAUCUUUGGUCGUUUGUUCGAUUUUAAAUUUAAAAAUGCAUAAACAAGAUUUUAUUUAAAUCAGCCUUUUUCCAUUACAAUGCAAUUCUAUAAAGAAUUCCACUUGCAUAACCAAUCUUAUUAUCUUAAGCUUCUUUGCCGAAUAUCUUCCUGUUCCUCUUUCUGUGUGUAUUUGAUUGGAUGUUGCUAGCUGCUGCUGCUGACCUCUGAACCCUCUGAUAGUGGCUAGUGUGAUGAUGUGACCUUCGACCUGUCGACAAUAGAACUGCUGCAUGUACCAGAGGCUGAUCUGUCUGGUUUGGUGGGCCUUUCUGGUUCAAGUGCUGUGAUGUAAGCAACUGACACUCAGGCCGAGUCUGAAAUGGCACCCUAUUCCCUAAAAGUAGUGCACUUCAGACGCAGACUCAAUCAGCCACAGGCCACCCCGCUAAGCUGUCAAAGGCGAAUCGCUAAUUGGUCCACUUGACAAAUUAUAUACUGUAAAAAGAGCGAGAAGUAGGAUAAGAGAACUCCAUCUCUUACGAGAAGGGGUUGUACCCCUACUGUCUCUUACCAGUAAGCGGGUGUAUGGUCUCUGUAUCUAUGUAUGUAUACUGUGUAUUUUGCAUAUUAACUUUUCAAAGACACCAGACAGACUCUCUACCAGACAGGCUGGCAUAUGAUGGCUGCAGACAGACGGCUCUGUACUUAAUGUGGUGGUUUGUUUGUUGCUGUCAGAGGACAGAUCUGUAAAUUAAUUAAUUGUCUCCUUCCUCUGUAUAUGUGAAGGGAUUGCGGCAGACUAAAGAUGUUCUAAGAGAGAAAAGAAUCCUCUCAUUGAGAGAAAACCACUUAAGCCUCCUCUAGACUAGAAACCCCCAUGCAUUUAGUCAGACCCAGAAUGGUCUUUCUCCAAGCUGCUUUCGCUCUGUCAGAGUGAGAGACUUUGAUUGGAGAGUCGACGUGCGUUACUCCAUACACCAGCCAUCAAUAGGACAAUUGGACUGGUGCUAAUGCACCAUAAAACGUGUUUUAGCUGAAACCCAAAAUAAUGGAGUAACUGAAGAAGGACAUUCUGGUUUAGCUUCAGCAUUCAGAUGUCCUGAUCUGUUCUGUUCUCGAUGCUAGACUAAGUUAGCUUCCUGAUAAAGCCGAUUCUCUCUUUUGAUUGGCUAAAUUCAGUAUUACGAUAUCAGGAUCCUUGGGUGUAAAUUCUAAACCAGGCCUGAAGUUAACCUAAAUGGAUAUUAGACUUGACUCUUAUUGUUAUUGAAAAACUCCGCUUUCCCUUUCUUGGGUUAGACAAGAAAGGUCUAUAAACAAAUUGUCGGGAGGGAGAAUGUGUGUCCCCUCUUGUAAUAUAGUUGUCAUUGAAUGAAUGCUUUACAUAACUGUGCUGUUGUACCUACCCUGUGCCCUGUGAAAAGAAAUCACUUUUUGCUAUUUGCAGGUCCCAAGCAAUCCCUAUGCUGCACUGGCUAGGUGGAUCAGAGGGACUGGCAGACAAGCUUGCACUGUCUGUUGGUCCUUCCCCCCAGUCUCAACUGCAUCCGUCUGCUAUAAUCUGCCUUGUGAAUAGAUUGAGGGCUUCAGACUUCUUCACAGCUUGAACAGGAUUUAUUUGUUUGCUUUCAUGGUCUUUCUCUCACAGCAAAAUUGUUAACAAAAUAUCUGGAUGUCAUUAUUGUUUGCAACAUAAUUAAAGAAAAAUCUGUAGAUGUUGUCGUUUUAUUGGGGGAGGGGGGUUCGCAACAAAGAACAGCACAGCUUGACAUCAUAUUACAUGUCUAUAACAGAUCAGUUCACUUAGGGAUUUACUGAUUUUUGAGCUAACGGCUUCAGGGAAGGCGCAUCUUAACAUUUUCAUGAUUUUCUUCAGGGAAUGGCAUGAUGUAUUUUUUCUUAGGUCAAUAAUGAUAGACAGCCUAGGGCUAUUGACAUUAAUAAUUUAAUGUUCAUAAUGACAUAUUGCCAGUAUACUGUGUGUGUGAAGUAUUAAUAUAAUGGGAGGGAUUCAUUAUUAAUGUUCACAGCUGUGAGGUAUGCCUAGAGAGGAUGGAAACAUUACUUUGAACAGAACGUGAUUUACAUUUUACAUUAACAGACCCCAAAAUCCAAGUCUUGCAUUUCUAAGACCAUGUUGGUGUCUUUAGUUAUUUCUUUGCAUUCUACCAGAUAAGUGCAUGGUACCACCUGGCUAGAACCUUUAUGCUACAUCUAAUUGUCUGACUACAAUACAAUAAAUAUCUCAUGAUCUUGAAAAUAAUAGGUGAAGUGUAAAAUGCAGCUCUGGGAACAGAUUAAUCAUGCUGAGUAGUUUAGGCUACGACUCAAAAGUAUACUUGCUCAAGGAAUAGUUUAAUUCACUUGGAUACAUUUGAGCAUGUGUCAAUCUGUUUUACUGUAGCCCCUUAGCAAUGUUUGACUGGGUGGGUGAGGUGUACAAUUGCCAUAUUGCCAUCUGCUUCUGAAUGAAGUCAAGUGUAAGGAAGCACAAUUUGCAUGUGGAUUAUAGAUCAAUCAACCACACACUCAAGAUAAUUUAGAAAUUGUUGCCAGAAUACUACUGAUGAUACACAAAAGUAUGUCGUCGAACAUCUAAUUCCAAAAUCAUGGGCAUUAAUAUGAAGUUGGUCCCCCCUUUGCUUCUAUAACAGCCUCCACUCUUUCGGGAAGGCUUUCCACUAGAUGUUGGAACAUUGCUGUGGGGACUUGCUUCCAUUCAGCCACAAGAGCAUUAGUGAUGUUGGGCGAUAAAGCCUGGCUCGCAGUUGGAGUUCCAAUUCAUUCCAAAGGUGUUCGAUGGGGUUGAGGUCAGGGCUCUGUGCAGGACAGUCAAGUUCUUCCACACCGAUCUCAACAAACCAUUUCUGUAUGGACCUCGCUUUGUGCACUGAGGCAUUGUCAUGCUGAAACAGAAAAGUGCCUUCCCCAAACUGUUGCCACAAAGUUGGAAGCACAGAAUCGUCUAGAAUGUCACUGUAUGCUGUAGCGUUAAGAUUUCCCUUCACUAGAACUAAGGGGCCUAGUCCGAACCAUGAAAAACAGCCCCACUAUGCAUUGGGGCAGGUAGCAUUAUCCUGGCAUCCGCCAAACCCAGAUUCGUCCGUCGGACUGCUAGAUGGUGAAGCAUGAUUCAUCACUCCAGAGAACGCGUUUCCACUGCUCCAGAGUCCAAUCUUAACGCUACAGCAUACAGUGACAUUCUAGACGAUUCUGUGCUUCCAGCUUUACACCACUCCAGGCAUCCUAUGAUGGUGUCACGUUGAAAGUAUGGGCCAUUCGACUGCCAAUGUUUGUCUAUGAAGAUUGCAUGGCUGUGUGCUCGAUUUUAUACACCUGUCAGCAACGGUGUGGCUGAAAUAGCAGAGUCCACUCAUUUGAAGGGGUGUCCAUAAACUUUUGUAUGUAGCCUCAGCCUGUCAGACUUCAAAAGGUCCGUGCUAUCUGGGAUCCUACUCCAUUGAAGUUGAUAUUUAAAAUUGUUAAGUUUAGGGUAUGGGCGUCCCAAGGAUCCCGGAUAGCAGUUACCCUUAAAAAUGUUGUGUCUUUGGAUGACUGUUUCAAAAAAUGCGCUGAAUAUUGACGUCAACGUCUCGGCGCAGAGUUGUGACUUCAUCCACCAUCCCGGAAGAAACGCUGUCUGAACGUUUGUGCAAGAAGUCCAACGUCAGUUCUCAACUCGUGUGUGCAAGACAACUCUUGACAUUUUCAAACAUUUGGAAUAUAUUCCGAGCGAAUAUUUCAGGUACUCAAGUCACCACCAUUAUAACAAGAGGUUAGCUAACGUAUCUCGUUUAGAGAGGUCUAGCUAGCCAUCUUGUUGACAGGCAGCGUGGAGUUGAAAUUUGCUUUAGCUAGCUAGCUAACUUGCAGUUUACUGAUGAAUGCCUGUAGUUCGCUAACAAGCUAGCUAAUAUCCCCAUAGUUUUACCUUCGUAUGCAGGCUAUUACACGCAUCUACGUCGGUUAGGUAACUUGUUAGCGUUCCAACCCUUUGAAUACAACUAUGUGUCCUUCCUCCACAGUGAAGUGAGAAUGUCACUGAACAAAUCAAUGCACCCGCGGAACCGCUACAAAGACAAGCCUCCGGAUUUUGCCUACUUGGCCUCCAAGUAUCCUGACUUCAAGCAGCAUGUCCACACCAACCUGGCUGGCAGAGCUAUGUGAGUAACUUACAGGGGCGUAUUCAUUGACCGUUUAAUAACCAAACGGAAGCAAACAGAGCAAAACGAUAGUUCUAUUGGACAAAUGCAGGUAGGUCUGUUCCGGUUGCUUCCACUGAACUAAAGGGUUGUUUCCAUUUAAGAAACAUUUUACAACAGAAUUGGCGUAAUGAAUACGCCCCAGUACAUAUGCUGUAGGCCAGUGGUUCCCAACUCCGUUCCUCGAAUACCCCCAACAGUUCACAUUUAUUGCAGCCCCGGACAAGCACACCUUGAUUAGUCAACUAACCAUCAAGCCCUCAAUGAGUUGAAUCGGAUAUGUUUAUCCAGGGCUACAAAAAUGUGCUGUUGGGGGUACUCGAGGACCGGAGUUGGGAACCACUGCUGUUGACUACAGCUGAGUGCCAUUUUGUGCCGCUAUUGAUUUGGUGUCACACCAGUAAAACACCUGUGUGGCAGGAUGAUUAUUAUUUUUGUUCUCCAGUGCAAAGUGCUGCCAACUUCCCAACAUGUUCUCUCAUUACUGUAGCUUUCUCACCUGUGUUUAUGUGUGUAUCCUCCCUAUGUCACCUGUUAGCUGAACUCACUGUAGGAGGUUCAGAGAGUUGGCAGGAGAGAGGCAUCAAAGACACUGAUUUUCCUCUUAUCCUUUUUUAUGGUGUGAUAUGUUUUUUCUUUUUUUUCUUCCUCUUUCGGAGGGAAUGGGGUCUCUCUGGAUUUGGGUAAGGGAUCAAUCAAUGCCUCUGCAGGGACACAUCGCCCAGUGCCCGUACCAUUGAGGUGACCGUUAUGAUUAGAUGGCUGAAAUCCUACUGUGUUAGGGAGCUGAUGGGGUAUGGGUAGGGAGGAGGAGGUGAGGUGACUUUAGGUGUCCACUGUUCAGUAUUUAGACAGGAUGACAUUAACGUACGUCAUUGCUGACAACCAUGAUGAUUAGUGAUCUUGCCGUGUCGUGCUAUUGUCAAGUUACAGACAUUACUCUGGAUAAGAGCGUCUGCUAAAUGAUGUAAAUGUAAUUACCCAUAGACACUAGCUUCCCUGAUCUCUAUUGGAGCAGGGUUUAGGCAGAUGCCUGUGGUUGCUUGUGAGGUUCAUCAGCUACAGAGGAAGAAAAAGGAUGACUCAAAUGAUUCAUGCAUGCACUACAGACAUAAUCUCAGCUCUGAUGGGGAGGAGUGGGAAGUUAGGAACCAGGGUUGGAGAGGGAAUGGGAGCUGCAGAGUAGGGGGGUUAUGGGACACAGAGCCUGGGGAGGGAGGGAGGGAGGGAGGAAGUCUCAAUUCUCUCUGAGCCACUAACUGGAGGACAGGGUCUGUCAGCCAGUAAUUGGGACACACACAGGGAUAUGAAAUAUGCAGAGAGAGGUGGGGAUGGAGGUAGUGGGAGGGAGAGGGACAGAGAGAGCGAAUGAUGGAGAGGGAGGGAGAGAGCCUAGAUGGAUGUGGAGAGGCAGAGAGCUUUGGGGCUGCUUUCUAUCUCCCUGAGUGGCUUUUCAGAUCACAUCUCUACUGUCAAGAUUGUCCUCACUGUUCCUCACAGCACAAAGUCUUGAGAGAGAUUUCUCUCACAUAACUGACAAGGGGGGAGAUUGUGUGAUUGUGACUGCUGAGGCCUGUCACAUAUCACAUCAUGGUGUGCUUUUGUGUGAGUUACCCCCCUCCUGGUUGUGGGAAAAACAAACAUGCUGGCUGCUGAAGUCAGACAGUCGGGUUGGAACUGAAAUAAUUUUCCAAUCUGAACAAAGCCUUAUUUAUUUUGUUUCAUUCCACUGUUCCGACCAGCAAAAUAAAGUUCUGAACCAGUUUGUAACCCAAAAAAAGUAAUGGUGUAUAUCGUUCCUUUUUAAACCUCUGAAAUAUUUAUUUUUUUACAUUUAGCUCAACAUUAAUUUACUUUAACCAAUCAGUGUGGGGAAGUUAUUUACAUGCAUUGGACAGACGAGUGUAGGGUGCGAGAUACGACAUAAAUGCUGCGGUUGGGGGACAGAGGGUGGAGGAGGAGGCUUGCUUUGAAGCGCUGGGUAUCUUGUUGUUAUGAAAUGCAUUAUCUGAAUUAGACACACAUAAUUAUACCUAUGGAGGAGCGGCUUCUAUGAAGGAACUUUUAAUGUCUUUGAACUUCAGAGUUGGCUUAACGUUGGACCAGCUAUCUUGCUUGCUAGCUAGCUAAAAAGCUUGUGUGUGCAGAGCAGCACCACCAGAAUUUUAAAUAAAAACCCGCCUUACCUUUUUGUAGUUAACAAAUCCAAAGUGAAACGUGAUAACUAUAGUAUCAUUAAUUAGCACUGAAAAGGUUAAUCCUUUCUUCUAUAAUGAAAAAUAUCUCCCUAAUUACUGAAUCACACUUGUAAUGUCGGUAACUAGGCUACUAGACUUUGCUUCGGAGGGGGAGGGGCAGGUUGCCUACACGCACACACACUGGCAAAAGCUUUUCAGCUGGCAGGCAGGCAGGCAGACACUGGAAUAAGUUUCUGAGUGACAGAGUGUGGGCUUUGCAUAGGCGCUUUGUUGCACCCGGAACGUAAAAUAACAUUAUUAACCUGUUCCCAUGCUUUUAAAAUAAGUUCUUUUCUGGGAAAGUAUAGAUCACCUUCGUUCCCAGUUCUGAUUCUGUUGCAGCAACAAACAAAAAAAGAGAUGUGAGGGUCUAUGAGAAACCAAUUUCAAUCAUUUAAUUUUUCAUUUACAAGACGAAAUAAAGUCUUGCAUCCAGAAGCUUAGAGGCUAGAUUGAAAGCCCUCAGACGUCCUGGUCGACUAGUAUUGCCUCCGCCUGUGUCUGCAGGAGAGGUUGUUAUGGCUGGAUAGGCAGCCAGGUGCAGUAGAGCGAAAGACCAGACAGACGAGCAGGAGAACAAAGGAAGAGAGGGAGGCUGUUGGGAUAAUGUUCUUUUUGACGUCAACUCAACUGCGAGGUCAUCAUUACACCUGGUGCUGAGCUGGAGCUGACGUGGCGUAAUAAAGCACAUCUCUCUUGCUCUUCUUCUGUUCUUUCUAUACCUCUCUCUUGUCUCUGUCCUUUCCUUAAUCUCUGCAUCUUCUUGCUCUGCCUUAUUUCUGUCUUGCUCACUCUCUUCUUUCGCUUCCUCUUCUUCCCUCUGCCCCCCCCCCCCCCCCCCCCCCCUCUAUUUUUCUCACCCCCUCUCUCUCUCUCUGACUGUGCGGUCUCCGUUUGAUGGUAAAGGAUGAAAAGUGUCCUGUGUAGCCGGCCUCUCUUGAUUCCUGCUAAUGACGGACUGAAGGCCCAAACUGCCCCAGCCCUGGUCUAGCCUGUCCAGCACCACUCCAAUUAGUAGGGGAUACCAACCCAAUUCUCAUAUGUGUACCCCUCUCGUUCGUACACCAGGAAAUGAUCCAGCCUUGUCUUUGUUGUGAAAUUGGCAAUCGUCUGCUCAGUGUGAAAUUUACGUUGUGUAAAUGCAGAUGAAUGCAGACAGACAUGCCGAUGUCACCACCAGGUGCAAGCAUCUACUGUGUGAGUGAAAACAUAUUGGCAUGGGCUGUGGGUAUUUUCAUUGUGAAUGUGCAGAGCGUGUGUGAGCUAGUUAGUACAUGAACAUAUUGGCGUGGGUAUUUUCAUUGUGAAUGUACGGAAGGUGUGUGAGCUAGUUAGUUUAUCAGCAGUCUGGUGUGGCUGUUUAGUGAAUAUGUGGGCGAGCAGUGAGGCAGAGGAGAGCUGUUUAAAUGUGCUUGAUGUCCAUCUGCAGCAGCCAGGUGUUAAUUACAGAAGAGAGAAUCAUUACUAUACAGUACAUGAUUCACAGACAAACUGACAGAAGGACAGACGGAUAGAGAGAUGACUCACUGACAACUACAGACACUGACAGACAGAACAACAAACAGAAAGAUCGUUAUUACCAUACGUGACUCACUGAUGGACAGAACGACAGACAGAGGGAGAUGACAAACAACCUCUUUCUCUAGAGUUUGCUCACUACCAGACCCGCAUGGGUUCAAAUAUGAUUUGUUUUCUCUCAAAUAUUUCAGCAGGCUUGAUUGAGCUUGCCUGGUGCAAUGGAACCAAUGCAGUAGUCCCAAAAGUGCACAAUGCUUAAACUGAAAACACCUACCAGUGAGACAAGUCUUCAUCCUGAACAAUCCAGCACUGAUGUCUCACUGCAGCUCUUACACUAGUGUGCACACAACUUAAAGCUUCAAGGGAACUCCAAGAUUAGUCCACUGCUUGGCAAAUCCUGUCUAAGGAUAUUUUCCUCUUCUUCUUUGCCAGUGAUUUAGGAUCCCCCUCUGCCGCCAAGCAAGUGGUUGGAUUAGCAUACUUCUGUAUUUGUGGUGUAUUAAUCUGGUAAGUAAGUAGCCUUAGUUGAGUACUUGAGCAGCCAUUGAUUCAGUGGAUCAGAGUUAUCUUGGGGAGACGACGAGGAGCCGACCAAUCCCUCAGGGAGAUGAAUAAACCAGUCUCCUCUCACUCACUGAGCCCCACUGGAGCUGGAGGAGACUGAUAGAUAGAGAGGAGGGGGAGAUGAUUGAGAGAAGUUUGAAGAGAGGGAUGAGAGAGAAUUAGCCUUUAGAAUUGAAAGUAGAUAUAGGGGGGUUCUCGUCAAGGAGAGGGAGGGAGAGCGAUAUAAGAGAGAUGGACAGGAGAAAGAGAGAAGCGAAAGAGAACUCAGAUGGCAGAGAGAUGGGAUUAGGAAGCAUGAACCAGAGAGAUGACCCAGCCAAGGCGUUCCAUUAUGGCUGUCUCUGGCUGGCUGGCUGACGACCCAUGAUGCCACGGGAGGGGUGGGGGGGGGGCAUAAAGAAUUCAACACUCUUGUGUUGGGGGGGGGGGGGACAGAUAUUACCAGCAGAGAAACCAUCCAUGGUGGGUGGAGGAGUGUUUUCCCCCUUCCUUUAAUAAAUGGAAUAAUUGAACUUUCCAUCUCACAGUGGUUCCUUCCUGGUGCUCUGCUUGCAUUAUUAACAUAGUGGAAGGCAGGAGGUGUGGCGCAGUGGUCUAAGGCACUGCAUCGCAGUGCUAGCUGUGCCACUAGAGAUCCUGGUUCGAAUCCAGGCUCUGUCGUAGCCGGCCGCGACCGGGAGACCCAUGGGGCGGUGCACAAUUGGCCCAGCGUCGUCCAGGGUAGGGGAGGGAAUGGCCGGCAGGGAUGUAGCUCAGUUGGUAGAGCAUGGCGUUUGCAACGCCAGGGUUGUGGGUUCAAUUCCCACGGGGGGCCAGUAUGAAUUUAUUUAUUUUUUAAUAAAAAAAAUUAUAAAAUAAUAAUAAUGUAUGCACUCACUAACUGUAAGUCGCUCUGGAUAAGAGCGUCUGCUAAAUGACUAAAAUGUAAAUGUAAAUGUGAAGGGAGAAAUAUGCAUGGGUCAGUCUGAAAACCUUAUAUAGUGCCUUUAGAAAGUAUUCACACCCCUUUACUUUCUCCACAUUUUGUGUUACAGCCUGAAUUUAAAAUGGAUUCAAUUGAGAUUGUGUCACUAAUAAUGUCAAAGUGGAAUUUGAAAAUCUAUGGCAAGACUUGAAAAUGCCUGUCUAGCAAUGAUCAACAAUGAACUUGACAGAGCUUGAAAAAAAUGUUUUACGAAUAAUUAGCAGCUUUUUGCAAUUCAGGUGUGCAAAGCUCUUAGACUUACCCCAAAAGACUCACAGUUGUAAUCGCCGCCAAAGGAGCUUCUACAAAGUAUUGACUCGGGUGUGAAUACUUAUGUAAAUUCGAUAUUUAUGUAUUUAAUUUUCAAUAAAUUAGCAAACAUUUCUUAAAACAUGUUUUCAUUUUGUCAUUAUGGGGUAUUGUGUGUAGAUGGGUGAAAAUAUAUAUAUUUUUAAUCCAUUUUGAAUUCGGGCUGUAACACAAAAUGUGGAAUAAGUCAAGGGGUAUGAAUACUUCCUGAAGGCACUGUAUCUCUUCUGUGUAUGCUAAGCUUGCAGAUCUGAAGGAACUGGAUAGGUAGCUUAUAUGAUGGAAGUGCACUAAAUCACCUCAAUCUCCCUGAUAGGUUGACUGGGUUCCUGAUUACAGCCAACUGAUUACCAGGACCUCUCUGAUUGCUUCGCUUGUUAACCAAUGAGACCCCCUGAUCAGCAUGGACUUUGAUUGGGGCUGAGCUCUUUACUGAGGAUAACUGUAUCUUCUUUGAAUGGCUUCAGCUUCUCCUAGGCAUUGAACUUAGUCACACUAAAUGUUUUUUCAUUAUACCUGAUGAGUUCUUCUACAUACUUAAAGAGCCUUCUUCAUUUAAAGUGGAGCUCUCCUAGUCUUGGCUACACCUCUGAGUCAGGAACAAUCAAUACAUGUUGUGUUCAGUGCAGCGAACAAUAACCUGACGUGGGAAAUGGAGCUGCUAAUCUGCAAAAAAUUAUCCUGUGCAUUCAGAAUUAAAAUGAGUUUGCCCUGAUGGUCACCUUUCCAAACCCACCUCUCCAUCUCUCUCUGUGCUGAUGAAGGACUACGCCAGCGGAGGGGGGAGGCGUGGGGGCUUACUGGGCUGCUGUCUUACUGGCUUCUUCAGCUGCAGCAGUUAGUUCCCUCGGUAGAUAUGGGUUUGUUCAUCUCACUGCAGUAGGACUGUUCUAGUGCUCAUCACAGUUUCAGUUCCCUCAUCUCUCUUUAGGUCACAUUCUUCUCCCUCUGCUGAUAUUUUAUUAUAUCUCUCACACACACUCCCUCUACCCCCUGUCUAAUUGCUCUACUCCCUCUGUCUUUCUCUUUGUUACUGUCCUGUCUCUCACUAUCUGUAUUUCCUAAUGCAGAGGGAAACUGCUGAGUAUGCCUCCGCCCAGGCAGUUUGGAGACAACUCCCUGUGCACUCACCCACCACAGCCCACAACCCUCCUUACCACAGAUUUCAACCUUCGUCCCCCUCACUCACCUUACUCCUGUAACACCUGCACACCGACAACACGUUUUAUACUGCCACCGGUUUGUCCCAUGUCCCACACCGUCCAUCGUCUGGCGCACAAACGUCCACCCUCCAAUGUGCGUCUUGAUCUCGUGCACGCUCACGCUUCUUCCGGUAUCAGCCAUAUUGCUCCAGCGUGGCUGGAUUUACGUGCGCUUACUGCCUGUGUGUGCCGGUGGUCCGGGGUGGUUGCCAUAGAGACCCGGCGUUGCAGUGCUCUGCAGUACACACACACUCACACUCAUCACGGUCUAAAAAUAGAAGGCUGGGCAGGCAGGCGCUGAACGGCCUCGUUCUCUGCAUAUUGAUCAUCAGACUAUGCUUCUAAGGAGAAGAGAGAAACUGUGAGACUUGAAGACUCCCUUAGCCAAUGCCUAGGCUUUAGCUCAGUGGGCUAACAGUCUUCAGGGACACGGGUUCGAACCCCCGUCUGUUACAUAUGUAAUAUAUAAAUCACACUUUCCCCCAUAGGCACAUAGCCUAACUCUACUUCUCCCUGUAGUCACGCUCUUCAUCAGUGAUAGUCUCUCUCCUCUUCGCCGUGGCUGUGGUGAAUAGGCUCUCUGUCUCGCCCCCCGAACCCAGCUAGGAGGUGCCAGAUGCUCCUAUCACCAGGAGGUGUCUAAUUGCUGUCUGGAGGUGUGAGUGCAGCACACAGACUGGUCAAUUAUACACAUCUUGCUCUAUCCGUCCCACUCUCUGUCUCUCAAACCCCAAAAUGCUUUUGUGUGUGUGUGUGUUUUUCUCAAACCCAAAACAUGCUUUCCAGGCAGUGGAAAUGUAGAGCGGGAGGUGUGUGGGUCUGGUUUAAUGCUGGAAAAUAUUAUGUCUGUAUCAUUAGUGAAGAGGUGUAAAUUGACAAGCUCCUUAUUCAUUUGCCGUCGGGUCUCAUCGUGGUGGUUGAAGUAUGAUAAGCAGUAAUGAGAGGGGAAUGGGAGAUAUGGAGCACUGGGCUACUCAGGGAGGGAAGGGGGGGAUGCAGUCUAGUGCUGCCUGGAAGAGGGGUGGUUUAUAUGACAUGGUGUCAGUGAAAGCUUGGAAGGGUGGUCUUUAGGAGAAGUGGCAGGGUGGGGUAGAAUUGAUUUGCCAUUUUAUUUAGUGGCUCUCUUUUGUGAGUUUACAAGAAAUGUGUUAAGGUCUGGGUGUAUAGUGUAGGUACAUGUUUUGGUUUAUAGGUGUAGUUUUGGUUUAUGGUGUAGUUACUGGUUGUAGUUUUUGUUUAUUGGUGUAGUAUGCUCCCGAGUGGCGCAGUGGUCUAAGGCACUGCAUCGCAGUGCUAGCUGUGCCACUAGAGAUCCUGGUUCUGUGCCACAGGAAUCCAGGCUCUGUCGUAGCCGGCCGCGACCGGGAGACCCAUGGGGCGGCGCACAAUUAGCCCAGCGUCGUCCAGGGUAGGGGAGGGAAUGGCCGGCAGGGAUGUAGCUCAGUUGGUAGAGCAUGGCGUUUGCAACGCCAGGGUUGUGGGUUCGAUUCCCACGGGGGGGCCAGUAUGAUAAAAAAAAAUAUGUAUGCAGUCACUAACUGUAAGUCGCUCUGGAUAAGAGCGUCUGAUAAAUGACUAAAAUGUAAAAAAUGUAGUUACUUUACAUUUACAUUUACAUUUUAGUCAUUUAGCAGACGCUCUUAUCCAGAGCGACUUACAGGAGCAAUUAGGGUUAAGUGCCUUGCUCAAGGGCACAUCGACAGAUUUUUCACCUAGUCGGCUCGGGGAUUAGAACCAGCGACCUUUCGGUUACUGGCACAACGCUCUUACCCACUAAGCUACCUGCUUUAGCGUUGUAACUAUAGCAUCUGUUGUCUGUCCCUCCCCCUCCUGCAGGCUGAACUUCAAGGAGCCAGAGGCGGUGCGAGCCCUGACCUGUACCCUGCUGAAGGAGGACUUUGGGCUGACCAUAGACAUCCCUCUGGAGCGUCUCAUCCCCACCGUGCCUCUCCGACUCAACUACAUCCACUGGGUGGAAGACCUGAUCGGAGGCCAGGGGGAACCACGCAGAGGCAUCGACAUCGGUAUAGUUACGACCUCCGAUAACCCCUACUAAAUAUAGACCUCCGAUAACCCCUACUAAAUAUAGACCUCCGAUAACCCCUACUAAAUAUAGACCUCUGAUAACCCCUACUAAAUAUAGACCUCUGAUAACCCCUACUAAAUAUAGACCUCUGAUAACCCCUACUAAAUAUAGACCUCCGAUAACCCCUACUAAAUAUAGACCUCCGAUAACCCCUACUAAAUAUAGACCUCCGAUAACCCCUACUAAAUAUAGACCUCCGAUAACCCCUACUAAAUAUAGACCUCUGAUAACCCCUACUAAAUAUAGACCUCUGAUAACUCUUACUAAAUAUAGACCUCUGAUAACCCUUACUAAAUAUAGACCCUCUUCUUAUUCUCUUCCCCUUGAUCUCCUUGAAAUGAACCCAAAUGAACCAUCCAUCUUGGUUCAGCCGUCAUUGCUAGGAUGCCUCUUUACCACCACUCCAAUCCUAUGUCCUGUUUCUGUAGAGGAAUAGAUGGCUUUUAUAUGGCCUGGCCCUUUAAUCCCUUCACUGGUUCUUAGUUGUUACAUUAGACAGUUGGUUUCUCACCUGUCUAUAUAUAAAGAAAGAGCACAAAUAUCCUCAAUGCUGAAUGGGAUGAAUAAACUCCCAUUAAUUCCCAUAUAAACAUCACAUCAGUAAUUGAGAGUGAUCAAGUUAUUAAAUGUGUGAUCAUAUUUGUUUGCUCAAGGGAUAUUCCUCCAGCAGUUGCCUUUCUUGGUAAGACUCAUGUUUGCAUCCCAAAUGGCACCCUAUUCCCUACAGGGGCUGCCUGGCACAGGUCUAGCCCAGGACACAUAUUCACAAAGUCUUAGAAUAGUGCUGAUAUAGGAUCAGUUUUGCCUUUGAGAUCAUAAUGAAUAUAAAUUUAAUUACAGGUGGGACCUGAUCCUAGAUCCGCACUACUACUCUGAGACAUGUUUUUAAUACAGGCUGACUCUUACUAGUCCAAGAGCAGCUGGCUGCCCGUGGGCAUCACAGACUGGCAGGGAGACUGGCAGAGAGGGGCUGCAUGAUGGUUGGCACAUCCACCUUCAGAUCCCACAUGUACUGUAGGUCCAUCUAUUUCCUGUGGACUACUGGAGAUCACUGGCCAAAUCCCCAUCCACAUGUCAUGGAUGGUUUCCUGCUCUAUCCAUCAGAGAGUGUGUGUCAGUUUAGCUCCUCAGAGAGACAGGUAGGUCAGUGAUUGGUGACCCUGGUGUUUGUCAAUUUAGCUCCUCAGAGAGAUGGACAGGUCAGUGAUUGGUGACCCUGGUGCCUGGUCCAUUCUGUAAGCUGAUUGGAGCUGUCACUCUCCUGAUGGAUAGCCACAGGGCAUUACUCUCUCCCAAGCCUUAACCUGCUGGGUGCCAUCUCACCCAUCUCUACUGCCCCAGGGGACCUCACUGUGGUCGGGUAGAUUGGAGGCCCUGGUCUCUGUUAGGCCUGGAUGAUCUGAUCAUGGCUGUCUGGAUUACCUCUUAUUAAUCCAUUAUGGACAAUAAGAGACAGCGGGAGUGGCAUUAAAUAGACACAGACACACACCCUGUCCCUCACGUAGUCUGUGUUAUAUCCCCAGGUACUGGAGCGUCCUGUAUCUACCCCCUGCUGGGAGCCUCUAUGAACGGCUGGCAUUACCUGGCUACUGAGGUAGAUGACAUCUGCUUUGACUACGCCACCAGGAACGUAGAGCAGAACAACCUCUCGGACCUCAUCAAAGGUCAGUGGCAAGUUGUCUAUUGGUAGCCGCAUUGUAAAGUUGUACUACUGAAAGGAAGAUGGCUUGAAACAUUGUUGCCCUGUCUCAUGUCCCAGUGGUGAAAGUUCCCCAGAAGACCCUGUUAAUGGAUGCUUUGAAGGAGGAGUCAGCCAUCGUCUAUGACUUCUGCAUGUGUAACCCUCCCUUCUUCGCCAACCAACUAGAGGCUAAGGUAGGCCUCUUUAGAUGUAAAGUGUUCUGAGAAUCUGGAAAAACGGCUUUAUAAAUCUCAUUUAUUCACUGAUUCCUUUCUUGACCUUAUCCCUGUCACUCCCUCUUUCUCUUACCCUUUACUUUCUCUCCCCAUGCCCCUCUCUUUUCCUCUCCCUUUCCUCCCUCCCUCCCUCCCUCCCUCCCUCCCUCCCUCCCUCCCUCCCUCCCUCCCACCCUCCCUCCCUCCCUCCCUCCCUUCCUCCCUCCCACCCUCCCUUCCUCCCUCCCUCCCUCCCACCCUCCCUUCCUCCCUCCCACCCUCCCUUCUCCUCACUCCCCUCCCCCCCCCUCCCUCACCCCCUCCCUCCCCUCUCCUCACCCCCUCCCUCUCGUCUCCCCAGGGGGUAAAUUCCAGGAACUCUCGUCGUCCUCCCCCCAGCUCAGUGAACACAGGUGGGGUGACAGAGAUCAUGGCUGAGGGAGGAGAGCUGGAGUUCGUCAAGAGGAUCAUCCACGACAGCCUGCAGCUCAAGACACGCCUGAGGUGAGAGAGAGUGACACAUUCACACACACGUACGCACAAACACCACACAUUGGUCCCCAUCAGUACACUGCGCCUUCACAGAAGGAAGUGGGGUAGCGUUCAAGAUGGCAUCACUCUGGUUUCAGAUUGCUCAUGCUUUAUAUCUCCGACACUUUCCUAGACCCCAAAUAUAAUAUAGAAAAGCCUGAUGGUUAUCAGUUGGUGUUGUUGGGUGUUUGUUCAUUACCUUCUGUUACAAAUGCACCCUUUCAUUUAGGAUGUAAGGUAUGGAGGGAUGAUAGAGGACCAGUGAUGGAGGAGAGCAGGAGCAGGGCCAGAUGGGGUGGAGGGAUGGAGCUGUCACCCAGAGUUUGUUUAAUGAAUUGGCACCAGGAGUAAACAGUCACCCACCCCCCGGCAGUAUCUGCAUGCCCGCAGGGAACAGCUGUGUGUGUGUGUGUGUGUGUGUGUGUGUGUGUGUGAGAGAGAGUGUGAAUUAGAUUUGAACACACUGCACACGGUGACUGGGAGACAAGUGGCUGACAUGGAAGGUGUGUGAUUGCACGUGUUCAAGUGUGUUGAACUGUGUGUGUGUCACUAACAUAUUUUUUUUGUGUAAAGAUGAUUGUCACCCACAGGAGAGUGUGUGUGCGUCGGUGUGUGCAUAUGUUUCAGUGGAAGAUGAGUGGUCCUCACAGGGGGAAAGUGUCCAUCUCUCUCUUUGUCUGUUUGCCUGCAUGUGUCUAUGUGUUCACACCGGUGUACUUGUGUGGUGCGCUUGGCUUAUGUAGAGACCGUAGAGGAGUGUCUGCCACAGAGGAAGGCGUGCCCGCCCUAGUCUCCCUCUCUUCCGCUUCUGUUCUUUCUUCUGCUCCCCUGCAGUGUGUGUGUAGUGUAGUGUAGUGUAGUGUAGUGUAGUGUGUGUUUGGGGCCGGGUCCAAGGCAGCAGUAGCAGGCUGUCACUCCACACACUGCAUGCUGGGAUAGCAGAGCUACCGCCAGGUGUCCACGGAAACCAAGCCAGCCCCUCUGAUUGGUCCUCUGAGACUCACCAUCCCCCCCCCCCCCCCCUUCUCUUCAACAAUACUAAGCUGUAAUUACUCUCACCAGACUAUCACACAUAGAUACAGACACAGUCACACACACACCCCAACCACCAGCCAGGAAAUGCACCCUUUUCAAUGUAAUGCCCUCUGCUAAUCAUUGUCUGUUAUUGAUAUGAUAAUAAGACUCUAUGUGGAGGGGGUAAUAACAUCGUAAUCACCGGUCUUUGUACUCUUGGAGGGAUUAGCUUGAAAAUAAAUGGACAACUUUCCCAGAAUCUGACUGCUUCUGUCUGACCCCCAAUGGGAGAUUUUUGUUUAUUGGGGAUGGAAGGUCUUGCUGGAGGAAGGAAGUGAGGAAGCUGUCGUGUGUGUGUGUGUUUGUGUGUGUGUUAACAUGAAUGCUCAGCAGCCCCCUCUCUGCAUGACAAAGUGGGGAACAUCUGGGGAUAUUAGAGGUCCUCAAUAUUUCAUGGUGCCACUUACCCAAAACCCUCUCACCCCCACCCUUACCCCCACCCCGCGGGUGCUUCUCUGAGUGGGCUCUUCCCCAAUCUUUCAGGGUUUUGUGAAUGCCAUCAAGCUCAUCCUGCAUAUUUUGUUGAAUAUCAAGCCAGAUUGGCUUUGUGUUGGGUCAGGUGUGUACUGUAUGUUGGCUCAAACACAGUGCACACUUUUCAGAGUGGGCUUGUUUCCUGUGCCCCUUCUUGUUAAACCCCUGACCCAAUUCCCAAACCUUUCAGUGCUUUCAAUAAAUGCCAUUGAGGCCACCCAAAUUAUUAUUUUAUUUAAUGGAACCUUUAUUUAGUAAGGCAUGGCUAUGGCCAAAUGGGCUUUUGUGUUGGGUGAUGUGUUCAAAUCUGGUUGGCUGUAGUAGACUGUUGUGUGCUGUGUAAAGGUCCUGGGUUUCCUCUCCUCUUUAACUCUAAACUUGUGGGAACUGGCCUAUAUGGAUAGGGCUACAUUGUGGGAACUGGCCUAUAUGGAUAGGGCUACAUUGUGGGAACUGGCCUAUAUGGAUAGGGCUACAUUGUGGGAACUGGCCUAUAUGGAUAGGGCUACAUUGUGGGAACUGGCCUAUAUGGAUAGGGCUACAUUGUGGGAACUGGCCUAUAUGGAUAGGGCUACAUUGUGGGAACUGGCCUAUAUGGAUAGGGCUACAUUGUGGGAACUGGCCUAUAUGGAUAGGGCUACAUUGUGGGAACUGGCCUAUAUGGAUAGGGCUACAUUGUGGGAAUUGGCCUAUAUGGAUAGGGCUACAUUGUGGGAACUGGCCUAUAUGGAUAGGGCUACAUUGUGGGAACUGGCCUAUAUGGAUAGGGCUACAUUGUGGGAACUGGCCUAUAUGGAUAGGGCUACAUUGAAAUGUUUCUUACAGAAGAAAUAUUUAAAGUAUAUGCAUAACCAUGGUAGCAAUUGAUUGGGAAGUGUUUGGAGAUUAUGGGACCAUUAUUAGGCCAAAGGUGAGGACACGACAGUUAAUCUGACACAAGACUGAAUCCAAACAUUACACUGUUGAUGUUAUGUGCAUUUUACAUUUACUGUACUUUUCACCACAUUUGUUAAUAACAAAAUCUUAAAAUACAUUCAGUAACAUGAUAAUACUAUUCCUGGAAAAUGUGGGGUAGGUUCAACAUAAGACAAAACAAUUGUCAAGGGUUUGAGUGAGAGGACUAACUGGUGUCUCCAAGUGGCCACACACCUCCAAAGUGUGCACAGUUCCUAAGCAAUUUCAAUGCACUUUUAUGACUCGGUGUCUUCAACUAUAAGGUGCUAGCUGUGCUCUCCUAGCUGUGCUCUCCUAGCUGUGCUCUCCUAGCUGUGCUCUCCUAGAUGUGCUCUCCUAGAUGUGCUCUCUUAGCUGUGCUCUCCUAGCUGUGCUCUCUUAGCUGUGCUCUCCUAGAUGUGCUCUCCUAGCUGUGCUCUCUAGCUGUGCUCUCCUAGAUGUGCUCUCUUAGCUGUGCUCUCUUAGCUGUGCUCUCUUAGCUGUGCUCUCCUAGCUGUGCUCUCCUAGAUGUGCUCUCUUAGCUGUGCUCUCUUAGCUGUGCUCUCCUAGCUGUGCUGUCUUAGCUGUGCCGUUGAGGAACUAAAGCUAGCACACUUGUAGUUGUUUCAUUUGGAACACAACCCUGCAUCCCCGGCAUCACACAAUUACUGUUGUUGUUUGCACAAUCCAACAACGGUCCAUUAUAAAUCGCAUAAAUCUGGGUCAGGUGGGCAUGAAAACCAUUUGAAAGCUGGUUCUAUUGCCAACAUGACUAGCCAAGUUAGAAAAUAUGAUCUUGCAGUGUUAAGCUUUCAGAAGGCAAUUCAGAGAAACCGAUCGUAAUUUUGGUGCGCAUAGAAAGGAGUCAUGAGUGCAUUCAGGUGUGUGCGCCCCGGGGAAUUCUCUUCACAAUAAAUACACAAACAGCCUCAUUCUGUUCAGAACAUCCCAGGGUGUGACGCCAUGUCAUCUUGUAACUGUACAUCAAACAUGGUGAUCAUAAACAUUGACAUUGUGGACACACCAUGCACACAGAGCAGAGCACAUGUGACAGUACACAAUUUUCGGGGACCGAAAACGCUACUUUCAGAACUAUUGGCAAAAAAGUAUACAAAAGUAACGGAGAAUCUCUUGAAAAGAUUGUAACAUUACUAUAACAAUAAACAUGCCAUCCUCACCAUACACAGCAUUGCUCAUAGAUAUAUAUAGUAUCUAGGCCUAAUUAAUCUAGACAGGAGGGCAACCCAACCAGACAAGGUUUGUCAUAUAUUGUUUAGUUUUCCCAUCCAGAUUGACUCCCUGUUGGUUUGUUUGUCUAUUUCUCCCUGCUAGGUUUGUCUCUGUGUAUUUAUCCUGCUAGGUUUGACUGUUUCUCCUGCUAAAUUACUGUGCAUUUAUCCUUGCUGGUUAGUACUGAGGCUCUACAGUGAAGGAAAAAAGUAUUUGAUCCCCUGCUGAUUUUGUACGUUUGCCCACUGACAAAGACAUGAUCAGUCUAUAAUUUUAAUGGUAGGUUUAUUUGAACAUUGAGAGACAGAAUAACAACAAAAACAUCCAGAAAGACGCAUGUCAAAAAUGUUAUAAAUUGAUUUGCAUUUUAAUGAGGGAAAUAAGUAUUUGACCCCCUCUCAAUCAGAAAGAUUUCUGGUUCCCAGGUGUCUUUUUAUACAGGUAACGAGCUGAGAUUAGGAGCACACUCAGCUUGUUACCUGUAUAAAAGACACCUGUCCACAGAAGCAAUCAAUCAAUCAAUCAGAUUCCAAACUCUCCACCAUGGCCAAGACCAAAGAGCUCUCCAAGGAUGUCAGGGACAAGAUUGUAGACCUACACAACGCUGGAAUGGGCUACAAGACCAUCGCCGAGCAGCUUGGUGAGAAGGUGACAACAGUUGGUGCGAUUAUUCGCAAAUGGAAGAAACACAAAAGAACUGUCAAUCUCCCUGGGGCUCCAUGCAAGAUCUCACCUCGUGGAGUUGCAAUGAUCAUGAGAACGGUGAGGAAUCAGCCCAGAACUACACAGGAGGAUCUUGUCAAUGAUCUCAAGGCAGCUGGGACCAUAGUCACCAAGAAAACAAUUGGUAACACACUACCCCGUGAAGGACUGAAAUCCUGCAGCGCCCGCAAGGUCCCCCUGCUCAAGAAAGCACAUAUACAGGCCCGUCUGAAGUUUGCCAAUGAACAUCUGAAUGAUUCAGAGGAGAACUGGGUGAAAGUGUUAUGGUCAGAUGAGACCAAAAUCGAGCUCUUUGGCAUCAACUCAACUCGCCGUGUUUGGAGGAGAAGGAAUGCUGCCUAUGACCCCAAGAACACCAUCCCCACCGUCAAACAUGGAGGUGGAAACAUUAUGCUUUGGGGGUGUUUUUUUGCUAAGGGGACAGGACAACUUCACUGCAUCAAAAGGGACGAUGGACGGGGCCAUGUACCGUCAAAUCUUGGGUGAGAACUUCCUUCCCUCAGCCAGGGAAGGUCGUGGAUGGGUAUUCCAGCAUGACAAAUACCCAAAACACACGGCCAAGGCAACAAAGGAGUGGCUCAAGAAGAAGCACAUUAAGGUCCUGGAGUGGCCUAGCCAGUCUCCAGACCUUAAUCCCAUAGAAAAUCUGUGGAGGGAGCUGAAGGUUCGAGUUGCCAAACGUCAGGCUCGAAACCGUAAUGACUUGGAGAAGAUCUGCAAAGAGGAGUGGGACAAAAUCCCUCCUGAGAUGUGUGCAAACCUGGUGGCCAACUACAAGAAACGUCUGACCUCUGUGAUUGCCAACAAGGGUUUUGCCACCAAGUACUAAGUCAUGUUUUGCAGAGGGGUGAAAUACUAAUUUCCCUCAUUAAAAUGCAAAUCAAUUUAUAACAUUUUUGACAUGCGUUUUUCUGGAUUAUUUUGUUGUUAUUCUGUCUCUCACUGUUCAAAUAAACCUACCAUUACAAUUAUAGAAUGAUCAUGUCUUUGUCAGUGGGCAAACGUACAAAAUCAGCAUGGGAUCAAAUACUUUUUUCCCUCACUGUGUAUGCUGUUGUAUUGAUUACAGUAGACUCAUCUCUUCAUUGCAGAGGGAGAGAUUGAUCUGCUCUGGGCUGGACAUCAAAGCUCUGUUCCUUCAUAGAGACUCAUACUGGCCCUGUUGUUGUUUUAGCCCUGCCCCUUUCGCUCUCUCUCUUUCUCUCUCCCUUUCUCUCUCUCUCUCUGAUGUAGUAAUUAAAACUGCAGUUGAAAUCGUAGCUACCCUCUCUGCCUCAGAACUACAAAAAUAAUAUUUUUCCCACAGUCAUGGUGGGAAGCGAGAGGUAGAUCCUAUAUCUGAAGCUUGUUUGAUCUCAGGCAGGGGUUCAUGCCCAAGGCGCUGGACACACACACACACACACACACACACACACACACACACACCUAAUAGAUAAUUUUUCUUCCAGGUGGUACAGUUGCAUGCUGGGAAAGAAGUGCAGCCUGGCACCUUUGAAGGAGGAGCUGAGAAAACAAGGGGUGAGUGCACAGACACAUGCGUGCACGCACGCUCACAUACACACACACACACACACACACACACACACAGCUGCGUAUAUUUGAGACAGUCGUCAGAAUGGGAGCUCCGACGAGGAGACAUUUGAUGCUCAUACAGUACCAGUCAAAAGUUUGGACACACCUACUCAUUCCAGGGUUUUUCUUAUUUGUACUAUUUUCUACAUUGUAGAAUAGUAGUGAAGACAUCAAAACAAAUCCAAAUAUUUUAUAUUUGAGAUUCUUCAAAGUAGCCACCCUUUGCCUUGAUGACAGCUUUGCACACUCUUGGCAUUCUCUCAACCAGCUUCAUGAGGCAGUCACCAGGAAUGCAUUUCAGUUAAUAGGUGUGCCUUGUUAAUUAUUGCGUUUGAGCCAAUCAGUUGUGUUGAGACAAGGUAGGGGUGGUAUACCAAAGAUAGCCCUACUUGGUAAAAGACCAAGUCCAUAUUAUGGCAAGAACAGCUCAAAUAAGCAAAGGGAACCGACAGUCCCAUCAUUACUUUAAGACAUGAAGGUCAGUCAAUCCAGAAAAUCUCAAGAACUUUUAAAGUUUCUUCAAGUGCAGUCUCAAAAACCAUCAAGCGCAAUGAUGAAAUUGGCUCUCAUGAGGACCGGCACAGGAAAGGAAGACCCAGAGUUACCUCUGCUGCAGAGGAUAAGUUCAUUAGAGUUAACAGCCCAAAUAAAUGCUUCACAGAGUUCAAGUAACAGACACAUCUCAACAUGAACUGUUCAGAGGAGACUGUGUGAAUCAGGCCUUCAUGGUCGAAUUGCUGCAAAGAAACCACAACUAAAGGACACCAAUAAGAAGAAGGGACUUGCUUGGGCCAAGAAACACCAGCAAUGGACAUUAGACCGGUGGAAAUCUGUCCUUUGGUCUGAUGAGUCCAAAUUUGCGAUUUCUGGUUCCAACCGCUGUUUCUUUGUGAGACGCAGAGUAGGUGAACGGAUGAACUCUGCAUGUGUGGUUCCCACCGUGAAGCAUGGAGGAGGAGGUGUGAUGGUGUGGGGGUGCUUUGCUGGUGACACUGUCUGUGAUUUAUUUAGAAUUCAAGUCACACUUAACCAGCAUGGCUACCACAGCAUUCUGCAGCGAUACACCAUCCCAUCUGGUUUGGGCAUAGUGGGACUAUCAUUUGUUUUUCAACAGGACAAUGACCCAACUCACCUCCGGGCUGUGUAAGGGCUAUUUGACCAAGAAGGAGAGUGAUGGAGUGCUGCAUCAGAUGACCUGGCCUCCACAAUCACCCGACCUCAACCAUAUUGAGAUGGUUUGGGAUGAGUUGGACCACAGAGUGAAGGAAAAGCAGCCAACAAGUGCUUUUUUGGUUACUACAUGAUUCCAUAUGUGUUAUUUCAUAGUUUUGAUGUCUUCACUGUUCUACAAUGUAGAAAAUAGUAAAAAUAAAGAAAAACCCUUGAAUGAGUAGGUGUGUCUAAACUUUUGACUGGUACUGUAAAUUAUCUUAUACACAGCACUCGCAAACAGGUACAACACACAGAUGCACUGUGCUGUACCAAGCCCAGGCGUGUGUUAAAAAUAUCCAGGUUCCCCAUAUAUACCCAGUGAUAAGGUGAGGUAAUGGAGGGUUGAAUGAGCUCCCUCCCACCAUCUCUAAUACCUCCUCUGAGACUGAAGAGGGGGAUCAGAUACCUUUUGAACCGUAACGGAUCAAGCCUGGCUAAUACGCUGGCUAAGCAAUGCCACAGCCCAGACCUGAUUGAGCUGAUUUCUAUUAGCGUUGCGUGACUGAAACGCAUGGCAGGGCCCACACACAAACAUACAUAUUACACACACACACCAGGCUUAGUCACACACGCGUACGCAUACAUACACACAGACAUGCAUUCAUGCGCGCGCACACACACACACGGUAGGACAGUGCCGCUAAUGUUCAUUAGCUCCAUUAUCCUAGCUAUUAGCCCUUAGCACAUGACUGCUAACUGACUGACUAUCUUACUAUAGAGGUUAGUCUCUAGCCCUGUGCCACUUUGCCAGUCGCUUACCUCUGAGAUUGAGACUCAUUCACUGGGGAUGACUGGCACAGCAGCUCCCAUGGGUGUUAACCACACUCACACACACGUCAAUCACUGGGGGAGGACCAUCCCACAAUCCCAUGCUCCUCCAGAGGUGUCAGAGGGCUGUCGCUGCUCAUUAGUGUGAGUGCAGCCUUGGCCAAUGUCCAGCGCAGGCAAGAGGUGGGGGUGUGUGUAAUAGGAGACCUAAUUAAUAUGCUAAUGAUAUUGGCACCCUCUAUCUCUUCCCUCCAUCUUCCUUGUUCUCUCUCGCUCUUGGUUCAUUUGGUGAGUGUUUAGGGGUCAACAUGGCGCUCUCAUAGAGGGAUGCGUCUUCUUGGCUCUGAGAUCCAUGUCCUUUGACCUGCAUCUUUGGGGUACAUUUCCCACUGAAACCCACCGCUUAUUGAUUGUGGUUGUGUGUAGGGAGGCGUUAUCAAGUGGAUACUUUUCAAGAGCCUUUUACACUGCUUUUCCCUCACGUCCUUCAUGCUUAUUGGAGGCUCUUCUCACGAGUGCUCAGCUCUGGCACUGUAAGCGCUGUAUGUGUAAAUGUAUCCUGUUCACACCUUGAAGGACGUGCUGGAAAUGUGCCAAAGGCCUCUGUAGAGCUACAGUGCAUUCGGAAAGUAUUCAGACCCCUUGACUUUUUCCACAUUUUGUUACGUUACAGCCUUAAUGUUUUCUUCAACAAUCUACACACAUUACCCCAUAAUGACAAAGUGAAAACAGCAUUUUUGCAAAUGUAUUAAAAUAAAAAGAACAUACCUUAUUUACAAAAGUAUUCAGACCCUUUGCUAUGAGACUCAAAAUUGAGCUCAGGCGCAUCCUGUUUCCAUUGAUCAUCGUUGAGGUGUUUCUACAAUGUGAUUGGAGUCCACCUGUGGUAAAUUCAAUUGAUUGAACAUGAUUUGGAAAGGCCACACCUGUCUAUAUAAGGUCCCAAAGUUGACAGUGCAUGUCAGAGCAAAAACCAAGCCAUGAGGUUGAAGGAAUUGUCCAUAGAGCUCCGAGACAGGAUUGUGUCGAGGCACAGAUCUGGGGAAGGGUACCAAAACAUUUCUGCAGCAUUGAAGGUCCCCUAGAACACAGUGGCCUCCAUCAUUCUUAAAUGGAAGAAGUUUGGAACCAUCAAGACUCUUCCUAGAGCUGGUCGCCCGGCCAAACUGAGCAAUCGGGGGAGAAGGGCCUUGGUCAGGGAGGUGACCAAGAACCCGAUGGUCACUAUGACAACGCUCCAGAGUUCCUCUGUGGAGAUGGGAGAACCUUCCAGAAGGACAACCAUUUUUGCAGCACUCCACCAAUCAGGCCUUUAUGGUAGAGUGGCCAGACGGAAGCCACUUCUCAGUAAAAGGCACAUGACAGCCCGCUUGGAGUUUGCCAAAAGGCACCUAAAGGACUCUCAGACCAUGAGAAACAAGAUUCUCUGGUCUGAUGAAACCAAGAUUAAACUCUUUGGCCUGAAUGCCAAGCGUCACGUCUGUAGGAAACCUGGCACCAUUGCUAUGGUGAAGCAUGGUGGUGGCAGCAUCAUGCUGUGGGCAUGUUUUUCGGAGGCAGGGACUGGGAAACUAGUCCGGAUUGAGGCAAAGAUGAACGGAGCAAGUACAGAGAGCUCCUUGACGAAAACCUGCUCCAGAGCGAAGGUUCACCUUCCAACAGGACAACGACCCUAAGCACACAUCCAAGACAACGCAGGAGUGGCUUCGGUACAAGUCUCUGAAUGUCCAUGAGUGGCCCAGCCAGAGCCCGGACUUGAACCCGAUCGAACAUCUCUGGAGAGACCUGAAAAUAGCUGUGCAGCGAAGUUCCCCAUCCAACCUGACAGAGAUUGAGAGGAUCUGCAGAGAAGAAUGGGAGAAACUCCCCAAAUACAGGUGUGCCAAUCUUUUAGCGUCAUACCAAAGAAGACUCGUGGCUGUAAUCGCUGUCAAAGGUGCUUCAACAAAGUACUGAGUAAAGGGUCUGAAUACUUAUGUAAAUUUGUAUACAUUUGCAAAUAUAUCAACCUGUUUUCACUUUGUCAUUAUGGGGUAUUGUGUGUAGAUUGAUGAGGAAAAAAAUGAAUUUAAUCAAUUUUAGAAUAAGGCUGUAACGUAACAAAAUGUGGAAAAAGGUCUGAAUACUUUACGAAUGCACUGUUCAUGUGUGUAUUGCUAUCGCAUGUUGGUGUUGUCUGCUCUAUUAGCAUUGUCUAUUGUUUUCUGUAUCGGUCUGUUUCCGUUCCUAGGUCCCUAAAGUGACCCACACAGAGUUUUGCCAGGGACGGACCAUGCGCUGGGCACUGGCCUGGAGUUUCUAUGAUGACGUUACUGUUCCGGUAAGCUUGGUCUGGUGGGUGGUUCCCCUUGGGUCCUCUCACUUGUGUCCUCUCCUAACCAGGUCAUCUACAGUGGGAGAGGAGGAAGGCAUUAGCAUGGCAUCACCACUCUCUCACUCUCUCUGCUCGGUCUCCCUCCUUCCCUUUUUCUCCCUCUCUCAUUCCCAGUCAUCCAGGGGCAUGUCCUAACUACACCCCUGCUGCUUUUCCAGAUGUUCCCUACCUCCCCACACUUCCUUAAUAAUGCAUUCCCGGCCCAUCCCACUCCACUCUCUAGCCCAUUCCAUUCGAGUAUGCAGGCAGCAUUCAACCCGCCCUCUGGGGAGAUGUUUGCGUCCCUCCCCUAAUUUGCUGUAUCCAGGCAACAGUUGCCGGGGAAGGAGUGUGCGCACAAACACGCCAUGCCAUUAGGCUCUUGGGCCACUGAGGGAGUGAUAGAAUGAGAGAGAUGAGAGGGAGAGAGUAGAGCGAGCAAAGGGCAUCAUAGAGAUCAAUAUGAGAGUGUGAAAUCUGGAAAUAUUCUGAAUAAGAGCGAGAAUAAAAAGGGAGAGGCGUGGGGGUGGAAAGUGGAGUGUAUGAAGACUUCUUUGGUCUCAGUCGAAUUCUUGUAGUUUCGUUUGCCUUUCGCCACAAAGGCAGUUGAGCAGAAAGAUUGGCCUACAUUUUACUGCCCUCUCUUUACACAGUGAGGCCACUGCAUCAUUACCAGGCAGACUGGGGAGGAGUGUGUGGAUGACCCCACACCUGUAUGUACGUGUGUGUGUGUGUGUGUGUGUGUGUGUGUGAGGGGGGUUCUAUGCAUGAAUUAGGAAUAUGACUGUGUGCAGGUGAGUGUAGAAAUGUGUGUCUGUGGCCUACUUAACCUACUAGAUAAGCCACCUGUGUACUAGUAACUAGCCCCUCUGUGGCACCACAUUUGUUAUUUCCAGCCUGUUUUCAGCACAACCUGGUGAUUGAAUCAAUAGCUCUGACAUCACACAUCUGACUGAUGUGUAAUGCAGGAAGUGAGUCUCACCAGACACAUUGACAGAAUCUGAUCCCUUCAUUACAGAGAGAGGGAGGGAGAGAGAAAGACAGACUGAGGACGAUGGGGAGAGAGAUGAAGGUACAGAGACUAUAAAAGGAGACUUGGAGAGGGAAUGAGAAAUGAGAGAAUUGAAGCUCUCUAGCUCUUGUUGUUGGUAUCUGUGUUGUCUGUGAGUGUCAUGUGACACUGUGGGCCCAGAGCAGGGGGCGUGUCUGGCAUGCAGCCAGUCAGGAGAAGAUUUACAGCAGGGGGCAAGGUUAGGGAGGGGUCAACAGGAACAAGAGACCCUGAUAUUAAGGUUCUGGGGGGUGGCUAGCCCUAGCUAGCCCUAGCUAGUUUAAAUGGCCAUCUCUCUUCUGCUGAUCUGUCUGUGUGUGGUCAGUAAUUGAAUAAUGGCCUAUUAUCUGGGGAGUCAUGCUGGGGCUCUGUUUGUUGAGCUGAGCUCCAGGCUUGAGUCCUGGUUGGACAAUUGGGGCAGACUAGCUGCUAGAGAGAGAGAAUCACAGACAGACUGGCUACACUAGACGACUAGAGCAAGGUGUUGUCAAAACAGAAUACAGAAAGCUAUUUUUCUUGUGUGUGUGUGUGGACUGAGCACACAUUUGAGUAUAUGAGGAGGUGGGGGUGGGUGAGUCAGAUUAAUAAUAGAGAGAGAUUGAAAGGGAGGGAGAGAAAGAGCAAAUAUGAAUCACUGGAGACUGAAGAGUGGACUUAAAGCCGUACACACAUCAGACUAGAUGAGGUGGUGUUUGUGUAUGUGCUUGUGGGCGUGUGUAAGUGUUUUUCUGUGCUUUUGUCUAGGAGUGUAUGUUCAUCUCUGUGUGUGUGGUUUUGUCUGGGAGUGUAUGUUCAUCUCUGUGUGUGCUUUUGUCUGGGAGUGUAUGUUCAUCUCUGUGUGAAUCUGUGUGUACAUGCAUAUGAGUGUGUAUACUGAGUUACUGUGUGUGUAUCUAUGUCAAGGAUGUGCUGUACAGAAGGGCUGCAAUCCUUGAUGGAUUGUAUAGAUGUUUCCCUCUUCCUUUGAGCUGCAGGGGCUUACUGAGCAGAGAGAGAAGGGCUGGGAAACAAUAAGAAACACAUGAAGCAGCUAUAACUAGGCCUGGCUGGUAUAGACUCACUAGACAGACCUGUGUCAAAUACUAUUUGAAAUAUUUCAUUUGCUUUAGCUAGUAGUUUUGCGAUUGUUCUUUUGAGCCAGGCAAUCUUAAUCGAGCCCAACUAAAUUAUAACAAAGGAUUAAAAUGAUAAAAAUAGUAUUUGAAUCCAGGUAUGAGUCUAGACUUGACACUGUCAAUUCUUUCUCCUAUUGACCAGUCUGAUGACACCUUUUUUUUCUAUGGAAGGAGAAUACAUGAAUUAAACAUCUCACAUAUAACAGAACACUGAUCUAGGACCAGUCUGAAGGUCGUAGUCCAGUCCUCCAUUCUGUGCUGACUCUGUCAGUUGGCCAUAUUGUCUGAGUGACUGACUGACUGACUGCAAUGUCAUUAUUGCAUUGUUUCACUGCAGACCCAUUCUGGCAACCUGGUGUAUUUAAAUAGGAUUUUAUGGACCAAUGAAUACAUGUUGACCCAUAGCACUGUUGUUUGUAUAAGGUAGAGAGCCCUGUGGUAUUAUUAUGUGGGGACUUGCUUAGAGAAGGAACACUUCCACCAUAGCAGCAUGGCACCAGUGGCAGCUCCAAGACAAGGCACAGCAGGGCCAAUGUCAUUGCAGGGGGGUAGGAAUAAAUCACAUGGAAGGAGCUCCCCCUUGUGGUGUGUUUUGAUAUUGCCAACUCCAUUUUCUUAUUGGUGGGGUUCUUUGCCUUUACAAUUCAAUGUGUUGACACAAAGAUGAGCUAAGGAGGAGGAGUGUGGAGGAUAAAAAAAGAGCAGAGUCACGGGGAGGGAGAGAGAGGGCGAGACGGAGAUAAAAGGAGUGAGAGAGGUAUGCAGGUCGUGAAAAAUGUAUGCACUCACUAACUGUAAGUCGCUCUGGAUAAGAGCGUCUGCUGAAUGACUAAAAAGUUUUUUUUUUUAAGUGACUCAUCCGUGGCGUGAGCUGGCCUAAACGGACAGGAGUUGUCAUCACUGGUCCAGGCAUCCAAGACUACCUCUCCCUCCCUCCUCACUUUCUCUCACUCUCCAUCAAUCCCCCUUUCACUCACUUGUUUGUCUUUCAUUCACUCAUUGUCACACGGAAUGAGUGAGCAAAAGGAUUUUGCUUCCGCUCUUCUCCUCCCGUUCUUCUCCUCCUCCUUCUCUCCAUCUGUUUUUCUCUCGUCCUCACUACAACUUCAUCCAUCAUUCCGUAGCCGUCCAGAGGGGUUUUCAUGGUGACUAGGAAAGUGAGACUUCACUUCUUUAGAAAUGAUUGUUCACUCAACGUCGUCAAUGUCUAAGCGUGUAGCUAAUUUUCCCCUAACUUCGGAAACUCUAGCGGUUGGAGGACUAAAUCACCUCGAGUUCAACAUUUAAAUGGACUGGAAAAUAACGGUACGUUUUGCGACUAAAGACACCCUUCUAGCUAGCUGACAACUAAUUUUCAUUGCAAUUUUUGUAAGUUAAGUUAGGUUUUGAGAGUUUUCAAAAAAGUUAUAUACAUAAACAUUUUGUGGGACACGCUGUAUAUUGUAAAAUUUGACUGCGCGACAGACCACACCUCAUUUAAUAGCCAACUUUGUACCUCUGAAAUAUAGCAAACUGAUUUUCUAAUGUUGCUAGCUUAGUUGCUAAAUGUUGAUAGAACUGCUAAGUAAGCAAAAAGGAAAAAAAUUGUAAGCAUUAGAUAAUACAUAUCACGAAAACAGCUGCAUGUUGUCAAGCUUUACCUUUUCACAAUUGGAGUCCUUUGACGGGGUGCAUUUUACACAAUAUGCAAAAAUUAAUUUUGAACUUUGAACCAUUAACUUUUUGACACCUAUCACUGUUGGCUAUGUUUAGGCUACAUAUAGGCAGUAUUUAGUCAAAUGUUUAGUCAAAUGUUACAAUGUAUGCAUCAAUAUUAAACUAAUUGGGACACUAAUUUUCAUUAAAGAUAACAUCAAACAAAAAACAUGGGUACACUAUCAGUUAUUGUGAAAACUUUCAUCACCUUUCAAUGCCUUUGCUUUGAAAUGUACAUGUUUAUACAUAUUCAGAUUGAGUUAUCUUUCUAAAAUGUGUAUAGUAUGCCAAGUUAUUUAGCUAUAUGGAUUUACCACCACAGCAUGGAGAAAGUCAAGAGGAAGCAGUGGAGUGAGGUGGACAUGUUCCAUGCCAUGGAGGACUGCGGGGCAAGGAUGGCUAUCGGCCAGGCUGCCAAGGUUAGGCAUCUUUUGUUUUUAGGAGAUUACCAUGUGUAUGUGAAUUUUAUCUGCUAGUAACAGUUUUCUUUUCUUAUCUACCAAGGUGCAUGGUGUACCUCGGCAGACCCUGGCGUCCGGGUGACCCAUGGUUGUCGCAGUGGACCACCCACAUUGCUUGAAAAUUCUCUGGUGCAGUACUGAUGAAAUACGCUGACAAAAUAAGCAGGUAUUUGGUGUUCUAUGUGUUUAUGUAUGUAGAUUGCUGGACUGACUGUUCUCAAUGUGUGUGAUGUAAAUGUGGAUGUGUAUGGUGAUGCCAAAACAAACAUUUUCAUCCUGGAUGGAGAAUUAUAUAUUCUAUUCUAUUGUAGGUUUCGGCACCCAGGAGAAACAAUCCCACCACUGGGGAAGAGGUGGUGGGAAAUGUUCAGGAAGAGGCACAAGAACCUGAGCAUGAGGAGGCCGGACACCCUGGACAGGGGGAGAGCUGAGUGUGCCACACGUCUGACGAUGGACACCUUCACUUCUUAUGAGAAGCACCUGGAGGAGAAUGGGUUGAGGGAGAAACCCAGACAAAUCUAUAACUGCGAUGAGUCUGGGGACCAAGGAGCACAUCACAGUGCUGGCCUGCUUCAACGCAGCUGGGGAGGAUGUCCCACCAUUUAUCAUCUACCCCAAGUGUUUCCCCGGUGGCCACUACACACUGGGAGGCCCCCCCCAAGCCUUGUAUGGACGGUCAACAGUGGCUACAUUGACGGGGACCUGUUCAGGAAGUGGUUUCAGCACUUCAUUAAGAAUGCAGUGAAGGAGCGCCCUCUCCUUCUCCUCUUCGAUGGCCACAUGGACCCGGAGGCGCUCGCGGCUAUGUGUGCAUGUGUUUGUGCAUGCUUUUGGGUCAGAGUUUACUUGUGAGUCAGUUUCUCUGUGAGGGUGUGUAGUGUACUACUUGUGUGUCAGGUCAGAGUGAACUUGUGAGUGCCUCAGAUAUGUAUGAUGGCAUUUGCAGUAUGAGUGUGGAAUGCCGUAGUGUGUAGAACUGGGACACACUUGUCUUUUAGCACCUGUACGUUCAAGAAUGCUGUUCCAGUGAACUUGUUUAUGACUAACAUGCUUGUCUGAACAACAUACUGUACCUGUGUAUGUAUUUAUAUUGUGCAUUUACCAGCAGUCUUCCACACUGUCAUCAUGAAUCACCCUUUAUUUAUCUGGGCAGGUUGAGGAUGCAUUCACAUUUUCCAAAUAAAUGUUUUACAUACAUUGAAGUAUGUGACUACAUCUUCAUCAGAAGUUUUUAAUUAAGAAGAAUAUUAUGACAAUGGUACCUCUUUCCGUAAACCCCACAUACUCUGUAAAUGGAUAUUUUAUUAUUUCUCUCGCCAUCUCCCUCCCCUCAGUCUCCCCCCAGUAAGAAGAGGAAGCUGGAGAAGUCUCGUAAGCCACUGUCCUUCAUGCUGCUGCAGCCCACAGUGAAGGAGCUGCAGUCCCAGGCCUCCUCUAUAGGCUGUCCCUCCAACCCCAGGCCUGUAGAGACCAUCACUGCCUGGCUGGAGAAGACACUUGGUGACCUAAAGGUAAACACACAUGGGUUUUUCUGGAUCAAAAGGGGGCUUAGGUGGUGGGCGUGGUUGGCCCAGCUGAAUUUGGUGCAGUGCAGGCAAUAACAUUUUAAUUGCACCCAUCUUGGCAGGGGAGAGCAAAUGUAGGUGUUUUUAAAGCUAAUUUCCUCAAAAUCUACACAUUUUGCCAUGGAGCUGAGAGAACAUUUUGCUGUUUUAAAACUAAUUUCCUGCAAUUCUACGAUUUUUGCUUAUGGAGCUGAAAUAAUUGUACCGUUUUAAAACGAAUUUCCUGCAAUUCUACGCAUUUUGCCAUGGCUUAUGCUGUGUUAUUAUUAGUGCUGAGCGAUUUAGUGCUUUUUGAGGUCUGUACGGCUUCGGUUCGAUUAUUCAAAAAUAAUCACGGUUUAUUUAAUAUUUUUCAAAUGCACUAUGCAUUAUGUGUGUUGAAUGCUGUAACACAGAAUAAAACAAUUAAUAAAAGUCCCAUGAUGGUAGUGACUGUCCAUUACUGCUUAUCACUUAUGAAUCAUUUAUUCACAUUACUUUAAUAAAAUAUUUCAGUUGUGUAUACCUAUAAAGUCUACAACCCCUUGAACUUUUUUUCACAUUUUGUUGCGUUAAAGUGGGAUUAAUAUGUAAUGUCAUUUUUUUUCAACGAUCUACACAAAAUACUUUGUCAAAGUGGAUGGAAAAGGCUAUAUUGUGCAAUAUUUGCCCAACAUUCUUCAAGCUCUGUCAAGGUGUUGGGGAUCAUGGCUAGACAGCAAUUUUCAAGACUUGCCAUAGAUUUUCAAGCCUAUUUAAGUAAAAACUGUAACUUGGCCACUCAGGAACAUUCACUGUCUUCUUGAUAAGCAACUCGUGUACAUUUUGCUUUGUGUUGUAGGUUAUUGUCCUGCUGAAAGGUGAAUUCUUCUCCCACUGUCUGGUGUAAAUCAGGUUUUCCUCAAAGAUUUUGCCUGUGCUUAGCUCCAUCCCGUUUCUUUUCAUCCUGGAAAACUCCCCAGUCUUUUCCGAUGUCAAGCAUACCCAUUCCAUGAUGCAGCUACCACCAUGCUUGAAAAUAAGGAGGCAGUUACUCAUUGAUGGGUUGUUGAUUUUGCCCCAAACAUAAGGCUUUGCAUUUAGGCCAAAAAAGUGUAUUCCUAUGCCGUGUUUUUUUGAAGUAUUCCUUUAGUGCCAUUUCCACACAUACUGUAUGUUUUGGAAUAUGUGUAUUCUUCUUUUGACACUGUCAUUUAGGUCAUUAUUGUGGAGUCACUACAAUGUUGAUCCAUCCUCAGUUUUCUCCCAUCACAGCCAUUGAACUCUGUAGUUUUAAAAUUACCAAUGGCCUCAUGGUGAAAUCCCUAAGCAGUUUCCUUCCUGCAGCUCAGUUCAGAAGGACGACUAUCUUUGUGUCUGGGUGGUUUAAUACAUCAUCCACAGCAUAAUUAUUAACUUGACCAUGCUUAAAGUGAUAUUCAAUGUCUGAUUUGUUGUUACCCAUCCACCAAUCACUGGCAUAUGAGGCUUUUGAAAAGCUCCCUGGUCUUUGUAGUUUAGUCUGUGCUUGAAAUUCAAUACUUGACAGAGACCUUACAGAUGUAUGUAUGGGGGACAGAGGAAGGGGUAGUCAUUAAAAAAAUGUAAACCGCUAUUAUUUCACACAGUGUGAGUCCAUAUAACUUAUAUGAUUUGUUAAGCCAAAUGUUUACUUCUGAACUAAUUUAGGCUUGCCUAAACAAAGUGGGUGAAUACUUAUGCAACAACUUUUCUUUUCACUUUGAUCUACACAAAAUACUCAAUGUCAAUGACAAAUUGCUAUUAAAUCUGUUUCAAUCCCGCUUUAGCGCAACAAAAUGUGGGGGAAAAAAGUUCAAGGUGGUGUAGACUUUCUAUAGGCUUUGUAUUAUAAUUGUUUUAUUUGAUUAUUUUCAAAGUCACUAUUUUAGUAGUACUUCAAAGUAAAUCAGGCAUACUUUUAUGAGUCCUGAAUACCAACUAUCAGUCACUUAGAUCAUGUAUUUUCCGGUAGAGAUACCUCGUGAAGCAACGGCUCUCUAUCCUUCACGAUUGCGCAUUCUUCUCUCCCUCGCUGUGUCUGUCCCACACUAACCUAAUGUAGCAGCUGUAAAAGAAACACAGCACACAGACCGUACAAGUAGGCGCGCAAUGGAUUAUGGUCAUUGUAGUUAAUUGCAUUUUCUGCGCUAAACUAUGUAGAAUAUUGGCCUGCUGGAAACUACAAGCUCCCUACCACAUAGCACAGUUCAGGCCUAGAUCCAAUUUAUCUCUAGAGAAACUGUGCAAUGUUCUCAUUGAGCUCUCAGAAAAUAAACUUACAAAAUGGAAUUCAAAUAAUUGAACGUACAUCUGUCAAUUAGUUGUUUAAAAAACAAAAUAUUACCGAAAUUGAGCACUAGUUCUUAUGCUCAAACAUAAGGAAAUCAAUGGGGGCCCAAAAUACUUUUGAAUGCAUCAUUAUUUGAAUUUUAGAUUCUCCCAGACAGUAGCUUUUAUCUUGGUGAUUGUUAGUUUUCAAUAUUGAUCUUAUGCAAAAAAUAUAUAGGUCCAUUAUCUUUUCUACAUACUUUCUUUCUGGUUUUAGUCAUUUAUAUUUAAAACUAUUUUCCAUCCCUAAAUAAAUAAAUAUCUAUACACACACACACACACACACACACCGAAAGUAUUCAGACCCCUUUGGCUUUUCCCACAUUUUGUUAAGUUACAGCCUUAUUCUAAAAUUGAUUAAAUUAAAUGUUUUCCUCAAUUUAAACACAAUACCCCAUAAUGACAAAGCGAAAACAGGUUCUGAAAUGUUUGAAAUUAUUAAAAAAUAAAACAUCUUAUUUACAUAAGUAUUCAGAAGAAAGACUCGAAAUUGAGCUCAGGUACAUCCUGUUUCCAUUGAUCAUCCUUGAUGUUUCUACAACUUGAUUGGAGUCCACCUGUGGUAAAUUCAAUUGAUUGGACAUGAUUUGGAAAGGCACACACCUGUCUAUAUAAGGUCCCACAGUUGACAGUGCAUGUCAGAGCAAAAACCAAGCCAUGAGGUCGAAGGAAUUGUCCGUAGAGCUGGACAGGAUUGUGUCUCGGCACAGUUCUGGGGAAGGGUACCAAAAAAUGUCUGCAGCAAUGAAGGUCCUAAAGAACACAGUGGCUUCCAUCAUUCUUAAAUGGAAGAAGUUUGGAACCAUCAAGACUCUUCCUAGAGCUGGCCGCCCGGCCAAACUGAGCAAUCGGGGGAGAAGGCCUUGGUCAGGGAGGUGACCAAGAACCUGAUGGUCACUAUGACAACGCUCCAGAGUUCCUCUGUGGAGAUGGUUGUCCUUCUGGAAGGUUCUCCCAUCUCUGCAGCACUCCACCAAUCAGGCCUUUAUGGUAGAGUGGCCAGACGGAAGCCACUCCUCAGUAAAAGGCACAUGACAGCCCGCUUGGAGUUUGCCAAAAGGCACCUAAAAACAAGAUUCUCUGGUCUGAUGAAACCAAGAUUGAACUCUUUGGCCUGAAUGCCAAGCAUCACGUCUGGAGGAAACCUGGCACCAUCCCUACGGUGAAGCAUGGUGGUGGCAGCAUCAUGCUGUGGGGAUGUUUUUCAGCGGCAGGGACUGGGAGACUAGUCAGGAUCGAGAGAAAGAUUAAAUGAGCAAAGUACAGAGAUCCUUGAUUAAAAACCUGCUCCAGAGCACUCAGGACCUCAGACUGGGGUGAAGGUUUACCUUCCAACAGGACAACGACCCUAAGCACACAGCCAAGACAACACAGGAGUGGCUUCGGGACAAGUCUCUAAAUGUCCUUGAGAGGCCCAGCCAGAGCCCGGACUUGAACCCGAUCAAACAUCUCUGGAGAGAACUGAAAAUAGCUGUGCAGCAACGCUCCCCAUCCAACCUGACAGAGCUUGAGGGGAUCUGCAGAGAAGAAUGGGAGAAACUCCCCAAAUACAGGUGUGCCAAGCUUGUAGCGUCAUACCCAAGAAGACUCUAGGCUGUAAUCGCUGCCGAAGGUGCUUCAACAAAGUACUGAGUGAAGGGUAUGACUACUUAUGUAAAAGUGAUAUUUCUGUAUUUUUUUUAAAUUAUAUAUUUGCAAACAUUUCUAAAAACCUGUUUUUGCUUCGUUAUUAUGGGGUAUUGUGUGUAGAUUGAGGAAUAAUAAUAAAAAAUCUAGAAUAAGGCUAACGUAACAAUGUGGAAAAAGUAAAGGGGUCUGAAUACUUUUUGAAUGGUGUUUACUGUUUGGACCCGAAAAAACACUUAGGCCGCCCGCCCAAUACUUUUCUAUGCAGAAAAACACCCUGACACAUACAGCAAUCACAAAAACACUCCGCAAGCAACACACUCAUACCGUAAGGAACGUGCACACAUACUGCAAGCACCACACACAGACAACUCCUUAAGCAUUUACAUGUACACACCACAUUCAUUGCAUACUGGACAUACCUUACUGCAAACACACUCCCUAACCCAGAUUCUCCAACAGAGGCAUACAAAUCCUAGAUUCUAGACAAAAAAAUACACAGCAACCGUGUCAUCUGUAUUCUACAGGUGCUGCACAAGCGUGUCCCAUGUGGGAGGAAGGAGCAGAGUCUGUUCCUGACUGCUGUGGAGAACACCUGGAUCCACGGGAGACAGAGACGCAGAGACCAGGGACGACACCUCAGAGAGCUGCCCAGAGCGCCCCCCAGUGGUACUUCCCCCACCCCUUCCUCAGUCACAGCCCAUCACCACUCCUCUACACACAUUCCGUAUAGCUCACACUCAGAUUCACACACUCCCACGGCAGCACAAGGGCCAGGCUGUGUUCCACAGUCAGGGACCAACCGAGCCGAUGGAGCCGACUCUCAGUGGGCCAGCGGACAGGAAGUCCAAAGCCAGGAGGAGGAAACCAGCUGUGUCCCAGUAAAGAACAGUGGGACAGAGGAGGAUGUCGUCAUGGAGUCUUCUCCUACCUCUAUAACACCCAAUACCACACUGGUUCAAACGGCACCAUCCACCACAACUCAGAAACAGCAAGGCAUAACCACCCCACAGGAAGUACCUCCCGAAACACAGGAAGAGGAAGUCAAUGCCAUUGGACAGGAAGUGAUGCAGCCACAGAGCCCCGGCACUGUGCAACACUUCCUGUUUAAGUGCUUGGUGAACGUGAAGGCUGAGGAGCAGGAUGUUGCUGUGGAGAUCCACUGGGUGGAAGGCCAAAACAAGGACCUGAUGAACCAACUGUGUACCUACCUGAAGAACAUUCUGUUUAGAGUGGUGGCCAAGCCACUGGGGACAUAAUGGAACAUAGUUAACCUGUAGUACUGGGUCAUGUUCAUUAAGCAGAAAAUUGUAGAAAUACAGGCAGGGACUUUGGGAACAUAACUUACCAGUUGUCCUGUAUUGUUCUAUUUGUGACCAGUUUGUAGGAGGUAAAGUAUAAAAUGUACUUAUUUGCUGGUCCUUUAGUUUCACCAAGUCUCCUUGUCAAGGUUAUAAUGAGUAGUGAAUAUUUUAGUUAUUUCAAGUUUGAUAAAUUAAAAUGUAUAAAUGUAUGUUUUAG